CUCAGGAGUAAUUUACAUGCUGUCACAGCCCGGCGCUGACUCCAGGGCGUGCAGCUCGCUCCCUUGCUCACUCGCGCUCAGCUCCUGCCACCGCUCAGCCGGCACAGCCCAGGGGAGCCCGAGAGCGGGAGAGCCAGGGAGCCGCCGAAGGAGGCAGUACAGGAGGGAGGGAGCGAGGGCGCCCUGCUGCCAGCCCUUCCUGCCGCCACAGGUCCGCCCUGAGCCUGGAUCACACUUGGGAAACUUGGGACUCGCUGGGGCUGCGUGUGGCACCUCAGGGGGGCGACCCCAGCCUCCGAAGAGGAGAAAGAGGAGGAACUGAGCCUGAAGGAUCUGCUCCUAGCUGUUUGUCCAGCUGUUUCUAUUCGCACCCGGGGCAGCCCAGCCAGAAGAGGGCCGAGUAGAGGGUGGCCGGCUUAGGCGCUAGUUGCCAACACUUCUCCUCACAGCUUGUCUUUUCCAGGCACCCUGGAGUCCCCUCAGGCCAGUCCAGAGGGCGCGCACCUGCCAGCCGCCCCUGACCUCUCAGGCCGUGUAAUUCUCGAGCCCGAGGAGAUGGCCCUGCCCAAGACCGACUGCCGCUCACCUGUCGGCCUUGACUGCUGCAACUGCUGCCUGGACCUGGCCCACCGGAGCGGACUCCAGGGAGACAGCAGCGGGGAGAACAACAACCCGGGUAGUCCCACUGUGAGCAACUUUCGGCAGCUGCAGGAGAAGCUGAUCUUUGAGAACCUCAACACCGACAAGCUCAACAGCAUAAUGCGGCAGGAUUCCCUAGAGCCAGUGCUGCGGGACCCCUGCUACCUGAUCAACGAGGGCAUCUGCAACCGCAACAUCGACCAGACCAUGCUCUCCAUCCUGCUCUUCUUCCACAGACAUCAAAUUAUCUCAUCUAAAAUAAACCAGGCCACGAACGGAACAGUUUGGGAGGGAAUCUUCAUUUCUGGUGAAAGACUACUAACAAGUGUAUUCGGAUCACAGACGCUGAAACCCUGCGGAGCGAAAUCCUUAACAAGGUUCCUAACAAUUUUGCAUGACUCUGUUGGAGAGUGACAGCAGGUGGGAGUGGAGGGGAGGGGUGGUGGGAAAAACCUAGAAAGAGCCAGUGUAGCAUUAGCAUUGUUUAAGCUGGGAAAGAAACUGCCCCCUAAACGGCUCUCCCUUAACUCCAUCCAGAAGAAUCUGGUGAAGUGUGAGAGGGGUGCUUCCCUAGGUUCUGGGUCUAGGAGGGUCGGACCUGGGUGAGUGGAGUGUGAAGCUGAGAGUCUGAGAGCCUGAGAUCACAGUGUUCACGUGUGCCUUGCCUUGGGGAGGUUUUCUGAUUGUCUGGGCUCCUUGAAUGGAAAUACCUCCUUUGUCAUAUACUUCACGGACACCUAUUUAUUGACUCUUGGUUCUUGGCAAAGCCUGGAAAUGCUAUGGGGUAGAACUGAUGCUGAGGGCAUCAGUGGAGAGAAGAGGAAGGAUUGUUGAGGAGAUUGUAUCUGAGCACCCUGCCUCCUGGGAUCAGAGCAGCUCAGCACCCUAAAUAGCUGAGAAGCUAAAAAGCAAGCCCCCAGUCUUCCUUGAGGUGGGAGAGUGACAGGGUCGUGUGCUAACAGCCUUGUAUUUCUAACAGGACAAAACGUUCUGUCAUUUCCCUUGACAACAGGGACCCUAUAGACUGGGGAUCCUGAAUUUGGUUUAGGUUUGCCCAGAAUGACAUGCUUAUUAGCAAACGAGGAGAUCAUUGUUGUUGGUUAUUAUGGGACCUCUCCAAUGGCUGGGCUGGGCAGCCUUCACUUAAGUAAAAAUCUCCUCUCUUUCUUACUUCAUUUAUUCCCUGGGUUUCCAUCUUCACAUUUCAGCCAUUGUUUUUACUUCUAUUGCAUUUAAUCAUUUGAUGUUUCGAUUUUCUGUUUGGGCAUCUUUCCCCCUUGAAUUUGCCUACUUUUCAAGGCCACCUCUUAUCCUGGAGAAGCUACUUUCCCCGCCCCGCCCCCGCAACUCCUGCAGCCCAUCCCCUUGGGAAGAAGGGCGAGGCACAUUCUUGAUUUGUAUCUGGUUUGUCUGCUUUGACCUGUCUCUGCCUCCCAACCUAACUCUUGGUUUCUUUGGAGCACAAGAGUAUAAGCAGUUUGAGGGUAAAAAACAAAAAACCAAACCUGUUGCCAUCAAGUUGAUUCCGACUCAUAAUGACCCUUUACCCCAAACCAAACCUGUUGCCGUCCAGUCAAUUUCGACUCAUAGCGACCCUAUAAGACAGAUUAAAACUGCUCCAUAGGGUUCCCAAGCCUGUAAAUCUUAUGGAAGCAGAUUUUAACAUCUUUCUCCUGCGGAGCAGCUGGUGGGUUCAAACCACCGACAUUUCAGUUAGCAGCGGAGUUCUUUAACCACUGUGCCACUAGGGCUCCUGCAAUUUGAGGGUAGGGCUUGAUUUUCCCUCAGCUUUCAGUUUUUUUUUUUUUUUUCAGUUAGACAGUUGGUACUCAACAAAGGUUUUUUAGUUGGUUGACUGCUUAACUGCUGGUGUGGUCCCAUGUAAAGAUUUUACAACUUUAACCUAGUCCUGCAAAACCCUUAUUAAGGUUCGAAUGUGGUUUUCUCAGUUUCAACCACAUGCAGGAACUCUAAAAGCCUGGAAGAAGUACUGAUGGACAUUGUCAUCUGUAUACACACAAAUCAUCCUCAUUGGUAAUGAAGCAGCCCUGGUGGCACGACGACUAAGCACUGGGCUGUUAACCAAAAGGUUGGCUGUUUGAACCAACCCAGCUGCUCUGCGGGAGAUUUGCUCUUGUAAAGAUUAUAUUCUAGAAAACCCUAUGGGCAGUUCUACUCUGUCACGUGGGGUCACUAUGAGUUGAAAAUCAACUUGAUGGUACACAACAACAACAGCAGUAAUGGGCCUGCAGCUUGUUGGUAUGGAAAUAGUGCCUUUAAACUGUUGGGAGGAAGCUGUGUAUUUUAAACACCAUCCUUUCCAUCUUAUGUUACAUAAUACCUAAAAUUGAGUGUUUACAGUGUUGUUGUUGUGUACCAUCAAAACAAUCCUGACUCAUAGCGACCCUAUAGGACAGAGUAGAAGUGACCCGUAGGGUUUCCUAAGCUGUAAUCUUUAUGGGGGUAACCCUGGUGGUAUAGUGAUUAAGAGCUAUGGCUGUUAGCCAAAAGGUUGGCAGUUUGAAUCCACCAGGUGCUCUUUGGAAACCCUAUGGGGCAGUUCUACUCUGUCGUAUAGGGUCGCUUGCUGUGAGUCAGAAUUAACCGGAUGGCAACGGGUUUCGUUUUUUUGGUUUUUAAUCUUUAUGGGAGGAGAUUGCCAGGUCUUUUCUCCUGAGGAGCUAUUGGGUGGAUUUGAACUGCCAGCCUUUCAGUAAGCACCCCAGUGCUUAACCAUUACCCCACUAGGGCUUCUUGUUUACUAAGCAUUAAAUGAAAUUAUCUGUAUAAUCUCAUUUAAUAUUUACACCAACCCUAUGAAAUGCACACUAUCAUCACCCAUCUUCAUUUAUCACCCUUCUUUAUCUUAUGAAGAAGGAAAUCAAGGCUUGGAGAAAUUAAGUAACUUGACCAAUGUCUCACAAUGAGGAGCAGAGCCAAAACUCCAACCAAUAUCAGUCAGACACUAAAGGAUUGUCUAUGAAAAAAGAAUUGCUAAGCAGAGAUAAAUGUGAUCCCCGGUCUUAUCCAAAUGCUCAAAAUGUCCUCAGUAGAUAAGGUAACCAACUGUCCCGGUCCCAGGACACAAAACAAGACUUUCAGUGCUCAAAAUGGGACGGUUCCAGGAAAAUUGGGAUGGUUGUCACCCUAUUAUAAGGGUCCACCACCUUGUUGUUUGAAUAUGCUUCUAAUACUGGAAAACUCAGCAGGGAGACAGAAAAUGUUGGGAAAAUAGCUGAAUUUUCCAUUUCAAUGUAGCAUAUUUAAAAAAAAAAACUUCUUAGUUGGAAUUUGAGGGGCCUUACCUCUGUGAUCUGUAAGAUGUGGCAGGCUAGAGUGGGAGCUUUUGCAAUGUUCUGUUGUUGUGAUUGUUGUUAUUGCUGUUACCUCGAAUUUAUUUCUAAGAUUUUAUCCAAAACUUCUUAAUCAGCUGUAUUCUGCCUUUGGGCCCAGAGCAUACCUGCCAAGUGUGAUCUGAGGUACUCUGAAUCUGAGUUCCCUUCCAGCUCUAAAAGCCCUAGAAUUCUACAUUUAAGCCUCUGACCUGGCAACAACUGGUUCCCACACAUAGAUGAUCAGAGAAUAAUAGUAAUAACAAUAACAACAACAAUAGCAAACGUUGCUAAUUAUUUUGUGUGUGCUAAUUCAUUUCACAUCAUUUAACAUUCUUUAUCAGCUGCUAACCUAAAGGUUGGGCUGUUCGAACUCACCCCGCGGCCCUGGGCGAUCUGCUCCAGUAAAGAUUACAGCCUAGAAAACCCUAUGGAGCAGUUCUACUCUGUCACAUGGGGUCACCAUGAGUCCAAAUAGGCUCGACGGUACCAAACAACAACAACAAUUGAGCUGAUGUAUAGUGAAAAAAGAAAGGCUAUAGAUUUAGAGAUCAGGUUUCCAUGAAAAGUUUGCUUAAAAAAUUAUUUGUACUUCUCUAAGUGAGCCUUGGAGCCCUGGUGGCACAGUGGUUAAGUGAUAUAGCUGCUAACCAAAAGGUCGGCAGCCUGUAUCCACCAGCAGCUCCUUGGAAACCCUAUGGGGCAGUUCUACUCUGUCCUAUAGGGUCACUAUGGGUCGGAAUUGACUCAACAGCAAUGGGUUUGUUGUUGGGGUUUUUUUGUUUGUGUUUUUUAUUUUUUUGGUUAAGUGAGCCUUAAGGAGUCCUGUGACACAGUGGUUAAGCGUUUGGCUGCUAACCGAAAGGUCAGUGGCUUGAACUCACCAGCCACUCAUGCGAGAAAGUUAUGGCAGUCUGCUUCCGUAAAGAUUUACAGCCUUGGAAACCCUAUGGGGCAGUUCUGCUCUGUCCUAUAGGGUCGUUAUGAGUCGGAAUCAACUCAAUGGCAACGGGUUUGUUUGUUUGCUUUUUAAAGUGAGUCUUAGGACUAAUUGAGAGUGGUUUCAUAAAUGUGUGUUCCUGGGCCUGACUUCUGUAGAGAUAGCCAUUUCCGUGAUGUGAUUUGAGAGGCAAAUAUACUCUCCUACCUGCUAACUGUAGUGCCUAAAUUCAUAUUUUAAGGUUCAGUUCUCUGUCCAUGUACCAUAUAAAAAUCCUGGCACAUAGGACCAGUGGUAUGCAGACCACACCUUGAGAAACCCUGAAUUAGAGAUUGCAACCCCUUGUCAACUAAUUUGCCAUUUGAUUUUGAGGAUGGAGUUCUUUCUUUGCUGGAGAGAGGUUUUGAGUUUCUACGUGGUUAAGCCUGUCAUUCUUUGCCUUUGUGGUUUUUGCCUUAUCAAGCUUUGAAGGUCCUUCCCUGGCCCAAGGUAAUUUAAAAUAACUAUAUUCUGAGUGUUUAGUGGUCCGACAAAGAAUAGUCACUCUUGGAUUAAGGUACAUUCCCUGUUAAAAACCAAAUGCAUUUACAAACUUACCAUUCAGGGUUUGGAUGCCUCAUGAGAACCCCAACAUGUAAGAAAUGGUCUUUUUGCUGAAGGACAAAUAUGAGUUGCAUGUGCUAAGAGGCUAGUAUGUGGAGCCCAUCCUUUCUCUGGUGAAUGAACCUAGUGCCCUACCCAGCACCUACUUUUCAACACAACUUCUGGUCUUCUACUCAUAGUCAGUCAGGCCACACAUACAUAGUAACUCUCAUGAAAUGACCAAAUGUGUGUUUCUUUGGAGAAAAUGCCCCUCAUUGAUUCAGCUGCUGGUGCUAGUUAGUGAUUCCAAUAAAAGAAAGCUAAGAAGUUCAGCAAAGUGAUGGUGUUAGCGAAAAAUUGAUGUUUUGUGAGGGGAAUGAUAUAUUGUCAGGAUGUUAAUGAAUUUGUGGGUUGUCAAAAGUUUAGUAUGUAUCCCUUAUGAAUGGCCAGGAUCUACUGUACCUUUUAAAAGAGUGACAUAUGACACCAUUACUCACCAUUGGCUACUUUACAUGGAUUUGUUUGUCAGACCCUUGUUUGGGGUAACAACUUACUGGGAGAAGCAUUCUAUGGGACUGGGACAGAGGAAAGCCAACUGUGGAGAGAAGAGGUAAAGAGACAAGGCCAGAGUCGAUGAAAGGUCUAGCCUGGGUGGGCAGCAUGAGGGAACAUGGAAAGAACAGCACGAAUUUCACCUACUCCUCAGUUUUGCCCACACCUCAGAAAACAGCUCUUCACUGGAUGACCUUAUUUUCCCUUGCUGCCUAAAGAGAAGGUUAACACUCCUGCUUAUAUUUGCACUUCUAGAUAAACCAACAAGCUUUCAAUUCCAGGUAGAAUGUUGGCUCCCUUCCAGAACAGGUCCUGAAAGCCUGGGUAAGUGGUGAUGGCUGGGUCUGGCCAAAGCUGCCAGUGUCUCAGGGUCCCCUUGAGUGACUGAGCUCAGCAUAACACUUGCCCCCAUCGUGUGGGUUUGUUGAAAGGAAUGAAUGUCUGCUAUGUCUGCACCCGAAGGUGAGUGUUGCUCUGUGUUUGUUAAUUGCGACUCUGCUCCUACCUGAAAUUUUUUCUUCUUAUGUAAGGCAUCCCUCAAGAUAACUACAAAACCGUAAUCUGCCAUGGCUGGCUAGGUUUAUGUAACAAAUUGGGUGGUGUCGUGCAAUAGCCUCUCUAGCCCACAAGAAGCCAACGUGCUGAGUGGGACUGAGGCUUGAGCCCAUUUGGUGGGGCACUUUGUGUGCCUAGUGCACUCAGGGGAAAGCAUUCCAUAACCACAGGGGUCAUAAAGAUUAAAUUUCCCUUUUAGAUGAAGGGACCAGUAAUAGUCCAGGACAUGGUGUGCUGUCCCAAUGCCUACAAUAAUGGGAUAAGGGUUAGGGCUUCACCGCAGUCUCACAGCUUUGGCAGACAAGACCCCCCCAUAGAACUCCAUGGGCUAAUGCGAGGCCUGCGAAAGCCAGUAAGGCUAGAUAUCAGCUGCAAAGCAACCUAGGUCUGAAGAGGAGUCAGGUCAGGAAAAUGGCUUAUGGAGGCCACCAUCUACCAGGGUGAAAUUCAGCUUAGGUAAGGAAGUGGAGUGGACACAGAUGGAGUCUGUGAGAGUUGAAAGUAACUUUCAUGCUUUUCCAAAUGCUAAUCCAGGCAGGAGGGAACCUUAUCAGCAGACAAGGGAGAUUCACUUAUACCUUAUGGCUAGAAAUUCCUACCCCAAAGUAGGUAAGAUUCCAGCCAGUGAAGGAGACUGAAUAGGAAGCUUUCCAUUGUAGAGACACUAGCGUCAAGAAAAACAAGAGCUGGAAGCAUGUUUGGUCAGUGAUGACCCAGGCACACUAUCAGCCUUCCUCUCAUGGGAGCCAUUUUCCUCGAAUAGGCCCAUCCUGAAAUCAGGGCGCUGCCAGUAAAGAAACACAACAGGGACCUUCUCCAUCCUUCCUCUCAAGCUACUUCCUCUUGUCUUUUCUUCAGGGGAGAUGGAGAACAGCUGCUAACAGCUUAGGGGUCUGGCUAGGAUUCCCACUCUGUGCUAUCUAGACCAGUGAUUGGUUACAGUGAUCCCUGAGGAAGAAGGGGGUGAGAAGUGAGAGGAAGGGGUAUGGUUCCAGGGGAUCUUUCCUGGCUUCCCCCCUGAGCCCCCCUUCUUCAGCGCUCCCAUUUAGCCUCACUCCCAGACUAGGCUGGGACCAGGCUAGCCUGAGGGCCCUGACUCAUAUCUCAUAUAGCAUCUUAUGUAACAGCCAGGUUACUGAGGCAUCAAGCUUCUGCUUGCUCCAUGGCUGGCUUCCCCGGGGCUUGGCAUUUGGAAGCCUGCUGGGGGUCUAAGUCGAACUCAUCAUACUUCUCAAAGAAGAGCGCCUACUCUCCCUAGUAUACAACAGUUUGUCUGCUCAGAGGUAAGUGCCAGGCUGCAGAGAUGAUUCCCCCCAGCCUCCACACUCAGCAGCAAAUGUAAGCAGGCAGGUGAGCUGGAGUGGACCUAAUUUGGCUUGAGGCAUUUUUUGGGGGGAGGGCUCCUGCUAUCACCUGAUAGUAUAGCUGCUAAAGGGAUGGCCCAAUGCACUUGGAAGGGUCCCAAAACAGGUCGCAGAAGUCUUUCUUCCUUUUAUAUCUGCUUGUUGGUUCAGGGACUGUUCUGGGGACCCCCAGAGUGAGUGACAUCAGGUGGAAGGGGGUACUAGAAGCUGGGAAAAUUCUUUAAAGGAAGACCCUUAAAGAGCCAAUUACCAGUCCAUUCUCCAUGAAAUCUCAAAGUCCCCGAGGCUGGCAUAAAUUCACAAUGAUUCUCAGCUUGCUUCCCGGCCUAUUCAGAAAAUUAUAGGUACUGGCUUAGAGCAACCGAGUCUACCUACAGUUAAAGUCAGGAUUGCUGUAUUCUAUGGAACAUUUCCCUAAUAAGCUAAUUUGACUAUCUCCAUCAAUCUAAUAUUCCAUUGGAUCCAUUUGUGACUAAACCAAUAGUGCCUCUUGCUCCCUUCCCUUGUCUUUGCCUCAGCCUGUCCCACUGUGUUGCCAGGGGGUAGAUGGCUCACAGGCUCAGGGUAGGUGGGGACACUGCUCUCCAAUCAAGAAAGAAAAGAAGAAACAGGGAAACAAAGUAAGAAAGGUGGCCUGGAAAUUAGCAGCUGGCAUAAUUUGUAUCCAAAGCUCAGAUUCAGGAAUCCUCGGACAGACUCAAGAUCCCCAUCUCUGUGCUUAGAAGAGCUGGGUCUCUUAAUUCCCCCAGAUCACAGCCAGAACCCAGUGAUAAUCAGGGGCUUGAGAUGGAGAUGCGGAAUUUCCUUUUCCUGGGAGCCCUCCAAGGUCUCCAGCUCCUCACUUCUCACAUUCUGUUGCUUCAUAGUCAGUUAAAAAAAAAGGGGGGGGUGGCGGGAAAGAUAAGAAAAAACUGCUCAGUUAUCAGAUACCUGGAGAAAUGAUUGAUGGCAUCACCUCAUUCGGCCUUGUACUGAGCAAUCAAGCACUUCAAUUAAUCAAUCCAUCAUUUAUUGACCAAGGGGCUGCUAUUUAUCGAGUGCCUGCUGCGGAUUUAUUGAAUGCCUGCCCUGCUAAGCAUUGUAGAGGACACAGGCGAAAUCAAAGGCUAGAACCAGGUCCAUGAAGAGUUGAGAGUGUAGCUGGGGGGAUUGGAGCAGCUGCACCCAAGGCCAGCAGGGAACAAAGCAGCACCACCAGGGUGACCCCAGACUGCUGAGAGCUGAGGCAGGGGGCUCAGCACUCCUUGAAGGAAAGGUCUUAAGCUUACUGUUCCCUAGUUUCACAUGUCCAGAGCUUGGGCAGUGCCAAAUCAAACUAGGAAGGGAAAGUCUUUUUGUGGCAGUGGCUUCCAGCAGGGCCUUAAAGAAUGGGUUGGCACUGGAAUGGUGGGACGAGGGUGCAAGGCUUUCUGCUUGGGAGGGAGAGGGGACACUUGUGAGUCUAGCGAGGUUCACAGGUAGGAAAGGUUUGGCCUGGGGUAGGGAUGGCAAGGAGCACCUUUGAUUCUUCCUGGGCUGGAACCCAGAGUCUCCAAGCAUCAGAAACAGAAGAGAAAGGCCCACUCUGACCCUCUCCUUAUUGCUGCCUCUGAAUCAGGACAAGCUGGACCCUAGCGUCCUCUCCUCAGGGACUUGGGCUGGCCCUGGAUAAGUGGAGGCCUUCAGGAUCUAGGGUUAGUGUCCAGUGCUGGGGACACUGGAGUAAGACUGUCCAUUCCAGGUACUUGUUGUAGAGGUUGAUUUCUCCAUCCAUGCCCAUAUCUUUUCCCACCAGUGCUCUGGAGAAUUCACAUUUAAGCUCAUGAACAGAUUUAGUCAACAACAAACAUUCAUUGCUCAUCUUCUAUGUGCCAGGCUCAGCGUUAGGUACUCAGAAUAUAAUGGGAAAAACACAAAAGGCAUGGUUUCGGCCGUCAUGGAAUAGUCAGUUGAGUGGGGGACAUGGGUAUUAACCAAGCAGACGCAUUAAUGACUAAGUGCCAAGAGGGAAAAGGAAUAGACUCCUGUUAGAGAGUAUAACAAAGGAUCAAACAAAGCUUCCUGAGGAAGUGACAUUGAGCCAAAGAAAUGAAUCUCUAAUGGUGAAAUGCUAAUCAUCAGAGCCAGGCCAAAAGACAUUUUCAACAGAGGACUUUCUAAGGAAUCCCUGAAGUCAUACCAUGUAGGUAGCAGCUCUUGCCCCUGGAAAUAUCUCCAGGCCAUGAGAGGCCAGCAGGUUCAAAAGGGGAGAACUGACAACAUCCUGACAAGAGGAAGAGAUGAGUUUGAAACCCAUGGGGCAAAUAGUACUCAAUGUCAUCCUUUGCUAAAAAUAGUCCAUGACAGUAUGGAAAUGUGUAAAGGCUGGCCCUGGGGACUGGUGAUAAAGGAUAUAGCUUGUGGGGAGGAAAAUUUGUUUUUGUAAAUUACUUACUGUAAAGAAAAAAGAAAGGGAGGGUCGUCUGGGUUUUCCUUUCCCUUUGCAGGCUUCCUUCUGAGUUAUGAAUGCUUCUCAUUGUACAGAGGCAGUGGGGCACGGAGCUUCAGGCUGUGCUCCUUCUGGGGCCCGAGAUAUAAAUUUUCCGGAGUACAAAUGUCAGAUAUUUGUUUAGACUGAAAAACAGCCUAAAUGCAGAAGGGAAGAGAGGCUCCACCUCCGAGAAGGGAAAAGAAAUUGAUCAAGGGGCUCCAAGGGGCUUUCCUUGGAAAGAGGAGGCCCCAUCACAAUAGCAAGGCAGGUGAAAGCUAAGAGCUCAGUGUGAUCCAAGGGAAUCUGAUUGUGAAGGGGCUGGAUUAGGCCAACAAAACUUGUCUAGCCAACAGGAGGUAAACCUGGGACUUGAAGGAUGCGUGGGGGCAAGGCUAAAGGAACUAAGGUUAUUAGUCCAGGAAAAGAGAAGUUUAAGGUUUGGGUGGCGGGUGGUGGAGAGGAAGAAGAAAGGUUGAUCUUUAAGCAUAAGAAAAGCCACAACCCAGAGAUGGUGACCAGCUGUUUCCCAACCACCCUCCGAACAGAACAAGAGGAAACAGGCCUACACUGUAGCAUGAAGAAUUGAGAUUAGAUAGCAGAAAGAACUUCCUGACUACAAGCAUUCUUAGGAGCUGAACGAAAUUACCCCAAGGGAUGUUAUAUAUAAUUUAUAAGAUGGUAAUAGUGGUGACAGUAGCAAUGAAGAACUGGAUUAAAGUGUGAGAGGGCUGAUUAUAAGGACCAUGGACAGAUGGGGAAAGACAGGGGAAGCAAAGGGGCCAGAAGCAGGUGCUUAUAAGGAAAACGAAAGUGCAUAUAUAGUAGAUAAACAUGUUUUCAUAAAAAAUAAUUUCGUAAUGAAAAUGUCUAUGAAAUUUCCAUCAGAGGUCAGUCAUUAAAAUUUACAUAUACCUUCCUAUAACUGCAAUGAACUAGGGAGCUGUUAGAGUCCCUUCCAGCAUCCUCCAGCCUUCUCAUCUCCUGGCUAAAUUAGCCUUAGUGGGGCACCCCAUCCUUCACACUCUAACAAUCUUGGGGACGCACCCCAAUGUUGGGUACAUUGAAGUAAGACUACCCCCCACCCAGGUACCUGUGGAGGAUGAUUUCUCCGUCCAUGCACACAAUGAAGAUUAGACACAGGGGAGACAGUGGCAAGCCCCAAACCAGGCAGGUCUCUGCUGCAGGAAACUUACAAUCUAGUGUUGGAGACAGACAUCAAAUAAUAAUUACACAAAUCACUACAUUAUUACAAUUCAUCCUAAUAGAGGAAAAGUGCAGGAAGCUGUGAGGACACAGAUAAGGGGGCUUCACCCAGGAUUAGAAAAUCUGUGAAGGAAAAGUCACCUUGUUAAGACACUGGGCAUUGCAUGAGUCUCUCUGUGAGUGACUCUUGCCCUAAAUCAGGAGCAAGGAAAAGCCAAAUGAAUCCAGUCACCACUGAUGCCCUAAGAUAUGGAUUUUGAAGCACCUCUGGCUCACGGAGGCCCUGUCGGAUAGGAGCAACCCCCCAAGGAAAUUUUCUGACUGCUAAGAUCAGCCAGCCUUGAUUUAGGCAGAGCGAGUCUCUAAGGUCCAUAAUGGCCUAUCAGCUGAAAAGCAGCAUCAGAAAGACUUGGAAGAGCUCAUCACCUGUCAGACUGACGGGGGAAAGUCAGUGAAGAGUGUACAGAACUAAUGAGCUGAAAAAUCCUCUUGAAACUGACUCCCAGAAAUGACGAUGUCUCCAAAAUACUGUACUCUCCGUCUUCUCUUCAAAUGAGGGAGACUUUGCUAGUAUAUUCUAGUAGUAGCUAAAAGGUGUGCCCAGGGCUGGUUGAGCAGGAACCUGAUCUGGUGGAGCCAGGAUCCUAGAGAGGCAGAGCCGCCACCCUUAUCUCACAGGGGUGGGAGAUACUGGCCUUUUGGGGGAGCUGGCAUGUACUUCUCCCCCCUUGCAGGGCUCCAGAGGGGUCACCGAGGUGUAGAGAAGGUCAUUAGUCAGUGUGCUCAUGAAGCACAGAGGCUGUGCGUUGGAUAGACCACUAUGGACAGAUGAUGACAUUGGCAAGUGACAACCUCUCUCGACCUCAGUAUCCUCAUCCAGAAAAUGAUGGUAGUGUGGUUGGGAGGGAUGAGUGAGAGGACAGUCCUAGAAAACCCUCGGUAAAGGAAGGGAAGCCUUCAUUAUGAUGAGGCAAGUUAUCCAUGUACCAGAACAAAAUCUUACCUGACUUGCCUUGCCUCACUCUCUCACUAAACACUUCUCUCACCAAUCCCUCCUCAUGUUUUGUCAAUCACGUACCCUCCCUCACCUGCCCAGAGCCAGCCCUAGGAAAGUGGUACUGUUAGUUCCUUGCUGACACCUGCAACUUCCUCUUCCGGUCUCUGACACCCAGCCUACAAGCUUUCUUCCUAUCAAGGCUUGCUUUCCAAUCUUCUCAGCUCACCUGCUGAGGGACGGGAGUGAGGGGGGCUGCCGGGAGAUUUGACAUUUUUACAAGGGAUCAAAACCUACAGAAGCAUGAGGAUGCUCUACUGGUAUUGCUAGCCAAUGGGUAAGGAUUUCAGAGGACACUGGGUCUAAGGACUGCCUCUUCAACACCUGGAGCUUAGACCUUCCCAGGGUUGGUGGCGGUACCUUCUCCCUCCCACAAGCAUCUCAGAGACACAGAGGCUCAGAACUGGUAGGGACUUUGAAGCCAUCCCAUCUGAUGCCAUCCCAUUACAGAUGAGGAAACUGAGGCCCAGAGUAGGAUGGGUACUUGCCCCAAACCAAACAGCCAAUUACUGACCAGCUGGAAAGAGAAACCAUGUCUCCUGAUUCUCUGAUCCAAUGAUCUUCUGACUUCUCAUCUCUAGACGGCUCUGCACAUCCCGUCCCAGUAGGUACACAAAAUCUCCGUGCCAGCAGACCAACUUUGGGUCCACCUGAUGCCAAAAACGGUGUUUUUUUAUUUGAUUUCAUUUAAUGGAAUUGACCAGUGGUUUGGGUGUUAUGAAGCCCCAGCCCUGGAAUCCUGCUUCUGCUCAGGCUGGGGCUGCAUGCCACAGCCACAAUCAUGCAAGAGGGACAGAAAGGCCUGCUGUUCGGGUUGGAAAAGAAAUCAGUUGCUGAAACAUUGGUCUUUUUGAAAGUUCCAACCACAGGGGCUGGCUGGCAGAGCCGCUGUCUGGGCUCCCCCAGAGGAUCCGGCCCUCCCCUUCAGUCUGGGAGUUGGUUUAGGAAGCUGGCCCAGCCUCGGUAGAAGAUCCCGAGGGCAGCGCUCGCCCCAGGAGCUCCAGCCUUCCCCCAGAGCCUGGGAGCCCUGAAGGCACUCAGGGCCGGGAACUUCCUCCCGCCUCCACAACUGAGCCAGCCCAGGCUGGCCCCCAGGCUCCCUGAGCACUUAUUCUUCUGAGCCUGGGAAAGAGUUUCCAGUUGCUCCCGCCCUAGCCCAGCAGCUACAGAGAGCAAACAAGACAGGGAGGUGGGAAUCAACCCCAGCCAGGCAACCCAGGCUUCCGGGGGCAGUGUUGAGAUGAAGGCAGAAAGGCUGGAGGAGCCAGAGCUCAUGGAUGAGCCACAGCUCGGAGAGGACCCUGAGCUCGUGGAGGAGGCACAGUUCCUGGAAGAGCUACAGCUUGAGGUGGUGGAAAGUGGGUCAGAUUUGGAUCCAGAAGAUCUGGGUUCGAGUCCUGACUUUGCCACCAAUCUGAUGCUUGAGCUUGAGUAAGUAACUCCCUGCCCUUCCGUGGGCUGCUUUCCCCGCCUGCAAAACGGGGGAGGGGAGAUACAACAUUGUCUCUAGGAUCUCUUCCGAAGCAGAUAUUCUGGAAGAUUACACCUCUCAAGUCUUGAUGUGUACGGACAGGAUGCAUGAAAACUUGAAUAAGGCAUUGAACCCCCGGAAUGAUAGAAUGGUGGGGGUAAGAAAGAGGGGGUUCAUAUGAACAGGACAAAAGAAAACAGAAUGAGAAAGUGGCAAAUAUACAAGAGUCAUAACCUCAAGAGGGGGUCCAGGCUAAACAGAACGUUAGGGUCAAGAUUUUCAAAACUCAAGGAUGAUGGGCUCAGAAUGAGUUAGUAAUGAGAACCCGAGUGUUUGGGGAUGUCAUUAACAUGCAAUUACUAAUGAGCCCCUCCACCAAAUGUCUCCCAGUGGCCCUUUCGGGCCCCAUACCACACGUGCUGAACCCAGAGUACAGUUUUGGGGUUCUUCGUGUGUGUCUUUGAGGGAAUUCUCGAUUGAGUGGAGGGUUUUCAGGUCUUGGAUGUUGACAUCCAGAUCUAAAAGAGAGCCUAAAAAGAGGGUCUAGACUGGCCCUAGAAAACCUACUCUUUUGGUAACCUCCCACUCUCCCAAGACCCAGUACUGCAUGACUCUGAAGUCUGUCCCUUUGAGAAUCCGAUGGCAGUUAUUUAAAACCACUGGGGACUGGGGGAUCCCCCAAUAAUGCACAGGUGAGCUCCCAAAAACCAAUCUGCUUGCUGAGUGUUGGUGAUCGGUACAUUUCACUAUAUUCAGAUUCCUUCAAGGUUGAUCAUUCCUCCCUGGGGGUUAUAUGUGGGGAGUCAAAGCCAUAGCAGGUGACAUUUCACUAACCAGAGAGCUCCUUGCAAGGUCAGGCACGAGAGCUUUGGGGAUCCCUAUGUGACAGAACAUCUCCAAUGUCCUUUGCCAGCCAUGUACCAACUGACCAGCGUCUCCACUGCUGGGGAAACUGUAGAGGAGGGAGCUAGUAGAAGGGGAACCUCCCUCCACCUGUCUGACACCUGCCCUCACCACCACACAGCCUGCUCUCUCCCCGACUUCUUGGCUAAGGUCAUUCACUCAAUAAUAAUUUAUUGGGUUAUUUCUUGCCACUCAGUUAAUCAAUCAUAGACUCCUAAGGCUGGAAGGGAUCUUAGAAUUCCGGCAGAACAAUGGCUUUCAAAUAAUGCUCUACUAUAUAGAGCCCCCUUAGCACCCUAGGGAUUGCUGGAUGGGGCGGAGGAAGGAAGAAACAGAAGAGAGUUUGGGGGAAGGGAGGAGAGACAAGGAGGGGGAGGUGAAUUUGAGGAGGGAGGGCGAGGACAAAGUUUGGAGGAAGACAAAAAGAAAGAGGGGAGGUAGAUUGUGUCACCACCCUAACCACACAGAAGUUACUCCUUGACAUGAACUAGGGCACAAAUAAGAAUCUGCAUGAGUCUUUUGAAGCUUAUAGGAUUUCUGUCCUCACUUGUCUUGCUUUUCCUCACCGGAGGAUUUUCAAACUGGGCUGCACUGAACUAUGAGGUGUCUCCAUGUGGGUCGUGGUGACUAGGGGCUCUGGGCGCCCCCCUCCUCCACAGCAGGGUGGGCGGAGCUCUUGGCGUUAGUCCCGCCUCCCUCAGAGCCCUUCUGCUCCUCGAAUGGGUUUGUACCUAAAGCUCCUGACACCUAGUGACUAGGUUAGAUUGGGGGGUGAGGGUGAGGAUAAGGGAGGAUUAUUGGUUUAACAACAACAAAAAGUUGUAAAUCACUGAAGGAUCUUAACUCCCUAGCCGAAACUGAAAUCUCUUCUAAAGCAUCCCUGGUGGGUGGACACAGUGCCUCAGGUUGACUGCAUCUAGCACAAGCCUGUUCCCUUUUUGAUCAGCCCUGAUCGUUAGAGAGUCCUUCUGUCUCAUCAGCAUCUGCACACAUCUUUCUUGCCUACAAUACUUUGGCUGGACUCUCUCCUCCUGUUCCUGACCACCGGGGCGCAGGCAGAGGGAGAGGAGGGUCGCUGGCUUCCCCAGGAAGAUGGUGUUCCCAACCUGGAGCACCACAUGCUUGGCCACCCUGGGCAGGGCCGGACGUUACUGGGGCCUGUGUGAGUGCUGGGGCAGACAGUCAGGCUACUGAUGUGGGCUUGGGGCACUCCAGCCCAUACAGCCCCAGGGGCCAAGAGUGAGGAAGUUCACUCCACAGAGGGCACUGCCCGAGUUAAGUGAGGUCUAGUGUGGAAAUCUCAGCGGGGGAAAUAGCUGGAGGGAAGCAGCACUUGACAGGGAAUAAGGGCCCUGUGUUCGGUUGCAAACGCCAGCCUUGGCUGGGCUGUCACCUGAAAGGAGGAAAAUAAUAAUGGCCAGGGCCCUGGUCCUGAGAGGAAGGAGCAAGGGAGCCUGGCUUGGGACAGUAUUCAACAUUUGGGGCAGCCUAACACCCUGCCGGCUUUACAUUUGAGGAGGCAAUAAAGCCCUGCUUGUUGGUGGUAGAGACCAUAUGCGUGCUCUAUGCAGAGAGCACUGUUUCCUAAAGUGUGGUAAACAUACGCUGGUGGUUGGUGGUACAUGGGCUAACUUUGUUUUUCUAUUUUUAUAGCUAUUUACUUAUUUAAUGUGUAUUAGAAAAGAAUAUGUCUAACACAUAUGCCUUAAGAUUUCCAAAAUGUUAUUUCUAAGGAUGAGGCAUUUUUAAAAAACGAGUCUAUUUAAUUUCAAGAAGAUAGGUAAAUCACAAUACUGGUGGUACUCAGAUACGGCAAAAAUCUUGACAGUGUGGUUCACAAAUAACUGACAUCGGGGACAUGCUACUACACUAUCUGUUAGUGGAGGUGGGGCAGGAGAAGCCAGGGGAUAAGUAACAGGAGCCAUACAGUAUGGUUUGAGCCCUUCUUUUUCAUGUACACCUAGCUCGAAGUCCAUUCUGACAAUCUUAUUCCAAGUGUAAGAGUAACCUGCUAUUUUUAUAUCGCUAGUGUCCUGCUCUGCCCCAUGACACUCAACACUCCAGAUUAGCAGCAGGCUUUUUCACUUGGUUGAAGGCACUGUCUCUAUCAUGCUCCCACAGGCAUGGGAAAAUAGCCACCAGAGAGUUGGUGGGGCUGUCCUCACCAACUUCCACUGAUUUCUUCUCAGCAUUGUUCACAGACAUAUUCAACUCAAAUUGAAGGAGGUGUUUCUGGGAAGCAAGUCAAGAGGUUACAAUCUUUCUCUGAAUGCACAAAGCCACAGCUAAAGGACAGGAAAUACGUCACUGAGGCAAUUUCGCAUGGACUUGCGCUGAUUUCCGGACAGAUUCGGACAAGAUUUGGUGGGAAAUUUGUACAAAAUCAAACUACAAGAGGGUUCCCACUUCUGCCAGGAGUUUGUGAUGUGCUCUGUGUAAAUAAGUUUGGUCCGCUUCCUCCUUCUAUUGCCCUGAGAUAUAGAGAACAUGAUUAGCCUGGCUGUCUGUGGGUCGGAAGGGCGGAUGAAGAGGGUGAGCCCUAGGAGGAAGCAGAAAGGUGAAGAAGGUUAUGGGUUUGGUCUCCUGCCUUCUGGCUGGAUUGUACCUCAGUAGACUUGGGUGUCUUUCCUAUGUUGUUUGGUCCCUUGAACUGUCUUUAGCAAAAGGUGACAGCUGAGCUUCAAAUACCUCUAAGAAAGCAAAUUCCACAAUGCCCUCUGGUUGUAUGUUCCAGUGUUUAACAACCACUGCUCUCAGAGGCUGUUACUCCUCAUUCUGUCUUCCAACUUCCGUACGCCACUGAAUAUGCUUAAAUGGAAGUUAUCAUGUCUCUUUUCAGCCUUCUCUUUUCCAAAUUUGCUAAAUCCAUUGAAACAAGAAAAAGACUUUUGAACUGGCUUACAUUUCUCUAUCCUGUAGACAUUCUCCAGGUUCUCUGCCAGAGAUUUCAUUUGUCCUCUGUAAAAAUUGAGAUUGUAACAGACACACCUUUGCCUCUAACCAAUCAUCCCAACCACUUGUCUGACCAGUGACACACAUUUACAAGAUGGCUGGUUAGGAAAGGAGCAAAAUUAACGCCACAGCGGACUCAAUCGCCUGUCUUAACCCCCUGAGUUAACUUUCCAACAGGAGACUGGAGCUGUGUAAGGUUUCAUUAGUGGCUGAUGACAAGAAAUAGAGAAGAAGGAUGACCUCAUAGUUCCUACAUACUUCUUUCCUAUUUAGAGCAUCCAGAAUCAUGUCAGUUCCUCAAUAAUACUAAAUGGUGUGCUAGCGAUUCAUUGCAGCUCUGUCGUUAGCCGCCCUACCCGCAUAGCCUCAUUCUUGUAUCUGGGUAGAGUCACACUUUGAUUAUCCCUAUAUUCAUUAUCCACUUUGUGGAUUAUCCAUUACUGUUGUCAGUUGCCAGUCAAGUCGACUCCAACUCAUGGCGACCCCAUGUAUGUCAGAACAGAACUAGGUUCCAUAGGAUUUUCAAGGCUUUUGGAAGCAUAUCACCAGAUCUUACUUCCGGGGCACCUCUGGGUGGAUUUGAACCAUCAACCUUUUAGUUGGCAGUCAAGCACUUAACCAUUCACGCCACCCAGAGACCACCAUUGAUUAUCCAUAAACAAAAACAGAAACGAACAAACAAACAAAAAACAUUGCUGUUGAGUCAGCUCCGACUCAUAGCCACCCUAUAGGACAGAGUAGAACUGCCUCAUAGAGUUUCAAAGGAGCGGUUGGUGGAUUCCAACUGCCAUCCUAUUGGUUAGCAGCCGAGGUCUUAACCACUGUACAGCAAGGGCUUCUGGAUUAUCCAUAAAAAAAAACCAUAGCAGUCGUUAAAUCCCAGGUUGUCCCCGCCCACCUUCUAGCUAGUUUCUGGGUACUCAGGGAUGCAGGGUCACUUUGACACCAGUUCAAGUCAAGCAUAAAGAAGAAAAAUAAUCAUGUGUAGCCAGCUUUGAAAUGCUCUACGGGUCAAUUUCUUCUUUUCAGUAGCCCUGCCUUCCUAAUUAUUUGAGCUGAUAUGAAAAUGAGCUUGCAUCCCUGGAGUAUACAGAAAGUAGGAGGAGAAACUGGGCAUAGGGAGAAGCUAAGCUAAGAUCAAGCAUUGCCACAAAUAUUUCACAAAGUGAAACAGCUGCCCCCCAAUACUUGGGAGUUGACUUUCAGACAUGCAGAAGUAAUUUUUGGGUGUCUUUGGAAUGUGUCAUAAAGGCGCCUGUCCACUGGUACCUAGUUUAACUUGGAGAGACACAGGGCAAAGGAGUUCACAGGAAAUCAACAGUUCCCUUCUCCCUCUUCACCAUAGCCUGAUGGCUCUAUCACUGUGCCUAAUCUAAUCCCCUGACCUGUGCAAGUCUGAAGGAGGUGGUGCAAUUCAUCUGAGGAAAAUCACGUCUGAGACAGGAAGGGGCACGGCAGCCUCUUCAGCCAAGGAUUUAUGUGUCUGUCACAGGAGGGAAGUGUGAGCUGAGAAAUGACUCCCAGAAGUGCUAGAAUUGGAAGAGGCAGCACUGCUACCUCUUACAGUCAGUAGUGUAUUCAUUCAGAAUCUAUGCUACCUUAGGAGGCCUGUGGCCUGGCCCUUCCUCCCUUCCUCGAGUCCAUCCUUCUCCCUCCCUCCCUCCCUCCCUCCCUAUCUCCUCUCUGGCUCAGCACACACCUAAGAAAACAGCAGAGCCGGCCAGGUGGACCCUGCCAAGGGCCAAGAUGGAAGGGAAGGAAGGAUACCUGUUGCCAUGGAAUUGAUUCUGACUCAUAGCGACCCUAUAGGACUGAGUAGAACUGCCCCAUGGGGUUUCCAAGGCUGUAAAUCUUUACAGAAGCAGACUGCCACAUCUUUCUCCCACAGAGUGGCUGGUGGGUUCAAACCGCCGACCUUUCUGUUAGCAGCUGAGCGUUUAACCACCGCACCACCAGAGCUCCGUGAAAGAAGGAUAAAAACAAAACCCCACAGCGAGAGCUUAUGCUGCUUUUAGCCUGAUAGAGGCCAAAAGGACAAGCCCUAGACCCUUCAGCCAGCCACAGCAGGCUUGCAGCCGAAGCCAUGUUGCCAUUGCCGGAGCUAGUGGCAAAGAGUGUCUGGGUUUCCUCCAAUCCCUGCAGCUUGCAGAGGCCAGCAAGCUCGCUCAGCUGAGAUCUAUCUAGACUUCAGGAGGAAUAAUUCUUGCUGUCUUUGUGAAUUGAUUUUUGCGUUUUUUUGCCUGCCAUGCGUAUCUUGGCUAUGGGCCCUCUGCUGAGCCUGGGACUGCGUCUUUGCUCCACAUCCCUUUCCCUGCUGCAAGGCUGCCAGACAGGCUCCCUUGGCAACGUCAUUAGGCUCCAGUGGUGUCUCUGGGGAAUCUGAGCUGCACGGCAGCUCUCCAUCUUUAGGGCUUUGGUUGUCCAGAUGGCUUCUACCUCUCCAAUGCAAAGGGCCCCUGGCUGAAAAGUAGAACCCAGCUGUCUUUGGGAGCACCCUCUCUGCUCAAGUCUGUGCUGGGCAUUGGUAGAGACAGGCCAGGAAAAAGCCCUGGCCUCCAAAUGCAUUCCUUCCCUAUCCUUGGUCUCCAGGGCAGGGGUUUGGCUAGAGGAGCAAUUCCCUCCCCUUCCAUGACAAAGAGAAGCACUGGUGGCACAACUGUUAAGCACUCACCUGCUAACUAAAAGUUUGGCCUUUCAAACCCAGCCAGUAGCUCCAUGGGAGCAACACCUGGUGACCUGCCUCUGUGAAGGUUGUUGUUGUUGUGUGCCAUCUAGCCGAUUCCGACUCAUAGUGACACUAUAGGGCAGAGUAGAACUGCCCCAUAGAGGUUCCUAGGCUGUAAUCUUCACAGAAGCAGAUUGCCAGGUCUCUUCUUCUGCAGAGCUGCUGGGUGGGUUCAAACUGCCAACCUUUCAGUUAGCAGGUGAGUGUUUAACCAUUGGGCCACCAGGGCUCCCUCCAUAAAGAUUACAGCCUAGAGAUUCAGGCAUUUAACAAAAGAACUAUGACAAAGUGCCAAUACUGUUUUCAUAGCUCUUCUUCUUAGAAAGCAAGAGGUGCCUGAAAGCCCAGUAGGAAAGGUGAAUGCCACCGAGGCCCCAAGCCUAGUCCUGCCUCACCAGCACAUGGUCCCUGCAUUGCGUGGGAAGAGAUGAGUGUGAAUUCUAGGGAAAUGCCUCUGUCUGGAGAGGAGAUUGUAUCUUCCUUGUUGUAAGCCUAAUUGCCAAAUCUGUAACAUUUUCAUUGAGGAUAGAGGAAGUAGGCAUAUCUCUCAGAAAAUGGUUCACUGGGUAGGAUUUUUUUUUUGACACUUCCUUUUCUCCCCCAUUCUCCCUUCUAGCAGAGACGCCCUCAAACUAUCCCCUUUCCACCUGCUCUGGACUCCCGACUAUUGGAUGACAGCUCACGUUCCAGAAUUUUCCCCAUCCCCCUGGCCCCUUGCCCUUCCUCCUCAGGGUCUUGCUUUCUGCUAAUGCUGAGGUGGUAAAAUGAAUCAAGCUCUGGUGAAAAUGGCUAGUAAUAUUGAAUACACUCCUCUCCCAAGUCACAAUUCUGUUUCAGUGGUGGACCUUCAAAAGGAAUAAGCAAAGUGAGAAGUGCAGAGUUAGUAGUGGGGGGCUAGUGGAACUGAGCUUUUGCAGCAAGGUCCCUUUGACCUUUAGCAAACCCUCACAUCAUGCUAUGUAGUCAGCCACCCUCUCCAUCUGUGUGUAAGGCCAUCCUUAGGGAUGUGGUUGACAUUAGCAGAGGGAACAGGGAAAAUCUGAAUUACCUCUCUCCUAAUCCCCAUAUAAGCCCAAACACAAGAUGCAACAGGGGGUGGGGUGUCAGGGUGAAGUCCCCAGUUUAGCCUUCAAACAGGUGCCUGAUUUCUGCCUAGGCCUCUGUUCCCUACAGGCAGGCACUUUUUGGAGGAUGCGGGGAAGAAACUGGAAAUUCCUCCUAGUGUGUACCUGACUCAGUUGACUUUUUAAAUAUUUGAGAAUGCAAAACUGAGGCAAUUACUUGUAAUAGCAAAACCAUUCUUGCUUGAAGGGAGGAGCUCUAACCAUUUACAGAACAAAGGUUACAGUUCUUUCUAGGGGUCUGUUGCAAAGCUAUUUUUGGCUCAUUUGCUCUUCUUUCCUCCUGGAGUUCUGUUCCCCUCUAGGCCCCUCAGGAGCUCCUCUCUCCAUCUCUUUCCCAGUGUCUGUGCUCACACAGGCUUAUGCAGGGGAAGUAACCCCUAGCCAAGUGAUUCUCUCAUCCAACACACUUUCCAAGAUGGUCCCACUGCUCCCUUCCAGAAGAGCAGGGACAAAGACCGUCUGGGCCAAUAUAACAAGCUCUUCCCCUCAUCCAAGGACACCAGAAUUCCAAAUGCUCUCGUUUCCUUCGAGCACAAAUAGCUUUUGCUGCUGAUCCCUUGCUCUGGGUUCCCCAUUUCCUGCUCAGCCCUGGCACAGCAAACAUGUCUCUGUAGCAGCUACCUCAGGGUAAUUUGAGAAGGAGCUCUAGGCCACCACAUGUGGAAAAAGAAUCAGGGGAAGACACAUGUGGAAUAAGAAUCUCCUAGAGAAAGAUUCUGGUCUUUUGAAAAUGGUCUCAAUAAUAUAGAAGUACCAGCACUGGAUGUUUCUAGGAUUUUAAUUUACUCUAAAGUGAUUGUAUUAUUAUUAUCAUUAUUUUAUCCUCCCAGCUACAGUAACUCUAACAAAAUCCCUGACUCUCUUCCACCUGCCUCAAGGAGUCACAAACCACCCAUCUCCUGGCUGUGUGAAUGUCUUGGGCACACAUACCUCUAUCCAGCUUGGGUCCUUGAUUUUGUACCUGCAGGAUCUGAUCAAUUUCUGCGUAGUCGAUCAGAUGCCCCCUAUUGCUGAGCCUGUUUGGUUGGAGAGGAUGGGAAAAUGGGGCAAGUGCUCCAGCAGGGAGCUGUUGUCUGUUUCCCCAUCCCUCAACCCCGCAGUUCUCUCAACUUGUUCUAUGUCUCCUGUUUCUAGGCUCCAGUUCUGGCCAGGCGCAAUACUCCUUACCUGUAAUGUUGCGUCCACUGUUUUACCCACUAUACUUAUUCUGCCACCUUACCCACCACUUCCACUGCUUCUCCUCUGCUCAGCUCCUACACUGGUGGCAGGUUUCUGUCUGCCUGGCCACUGAACCCACCAAAAGAUGGCAGGGCAAUUCUUUCUGGCCUUUUCUUCUUCACCAUGCCAGGAUGGUCAUUCAUGGCGGGACCAUAGGUUGCCUUUGGAGGAGCUGAUUCAGCAGACUCACCGUGGGGAGCGACUCCUUCCUCCACAAAGUUAAUUGAGAAACCGGGAGUGCUGCUCACAUUCAUUUGGUCUGGGCUUUGUUUUACCCAUUUCUGGAUUUGUGGUUUUAAUAAGCCUUCCAGCAUUGACUGCCAAGGCUGCAAGCCCUUUCUAGAGUACCAAAGGUGGAAGCCUGGGACCCUAGACAAAACUGGGUGUUGCUCCCCCUCUGUAAGCCUUUCUAUAGCAUAUUGUUACCCCUCUUCUAUGUACCCUGUGCCUCGACUCCCCCAGUGCCUAGCUGUGGCUGCCCCCUGGAUGCCCAGGUCCACCAGAUGCUAGGCAAGAGCUCCUGCUCCACACUCCCGGCUUUCCCCUGUGCUCCUUUGGAGCCUGAAGGGUCCACUGAAAUGAUCUCAAGGGCAAGUACAGGGCCCAGUAAGUGGGGCUUCAUGUCUUUCACCCCAGCUUCUACCAAACUAGCUCUGCUGUCAUCUCUUUUAUAAACUGGGUUUUCCCUGUGAGAAUCUGUUUGAAAGAAAGGAUCCGCUAAUUUUUGUUUGUUUGUCUAGUCACUACUCUAGGCCUUUUUGGCUUCCAUAUCAGAAUUAACCUAUUCUGCAUCCUCUGUCUCUGAACUCUGCUAGGGGACAAUGGGGAGUAACACUGAUCAAAUAGCUGAGUCCCUACCUCUGUGUUAGCUGGCUACAGGAUGGCAGGAUAUGCCAAUGGCUUCACCCAGUUAAGAUGGUGAGGAGAGCAGGCAAGUUGGCACUCUACUCCUGUGUCACGUGGCUGCCACCCCACCCAUCAUUAAUGAUAAUCCCUCACAUUUACAUAGCACUUUAUAAUUUCCAAAGUACUUUCACAGACUUUAUCUUAUUUGAUCCUCUCAACAGCCUGUGAAGCCCGCCAGAGCAGGGGCUGUUAUUUACAUUUUACAGACUAGGCGAGAUUCUUGAGACCAUUUAAUCAUUGGCCUCUCUAGAGCUUGCUAAAGGGAACUACAUAGUCAGUGUGAGUUGAAGGGCUGGUUAAAAGGAACAAGAGUUGGAACAAGGGUUAUAAAAGGAAUGACGGGGGAGGGAGAUGAGACGGAAGGGAGCAGCAGUGCCCACAGUGCUGCCAGCUCUACCAGCUGGGUUUGUGAAGUCUUUCUUAAGUAGUAUGGGACUUUGGGGAGCCCUGGUGGCACAGUAGUUGAGCACUCAGCUGCUAACCGAAAGGUUGGCUGCUAACCAAAAGGUCAGCUGCUAACCAAAAGGUCGGCGGUUUGAACCCACCAGAUGCUCUGUUGGAGAAAGAUGUGGCAGUCUGCUUCUGUAAAGAUUUACAGCCUUGGAAACCCUAUGCGGGCAGUUCUACUCAGUCCUAUAGGGGUCACUCUGAGUCAGAAUCAACUUGACGGCAAUAGGUCUGUCUUGUUUUGUUUGUUUGUUUAUGGGACUUUGGGAAGAGCUGACCCAAGGAGGCAGAGGGAUUUUCUCUUCUGCAUGAUGGCAGCUGCUGCCAUUCCUGAGCCAACCACUGCCCCCACCUUGUCUCACCCCGACUGUACAAACCUGACCUUGUCACACAGCUGUCUCGAAGCUCAUGGAGCAGGAUUUCAAGUCCUAGCACUGGCAAGCCCAUGGAGAUCAUUUAGUGUAACUGCUCAUUUUACAGCAGAGAAAACAGAAGCCCAGAGACAGAGAAGUCUUGCCCAACGUCACACAGAGAAGCACAGGCAGAGCUGGAUUCAAACUCGUAUCUCCUGACUUGCACGCCAGAGUGCUUUCCGCUACAGUACCUGGCUGCCUCUCUCUCUCUCUUUGUGUGUGUGUGUGUGUGUGUGUAUGUAGAUGUGUGAAGGAGGGCUGUGUGAGGUGCCCAAAUGCCUCCCUGGUGAACUGCUAUGACCUGGACCUUGUCCCCAUGUGCAAUGGCUGGAGGUUAAAGCCAUUUAUAGGGCCUGGAGUAUGAUAGGGUGUGAGAAAGACAGGGCCCAGUGUUUCUCUCCCAAGGGGAUUCACCUAUAUAAACUGCCCCAGGUAAUUAAGAUCCCAGAAGAAUUGGCAGCUGCUUGCUGAACAAAUUAGACUCUGCCUUUAUGGGCAUGUUCUAUGCCGGAGAUCAGAGGGCCCUCCCUGAUGUUUGGUUCAUUAGUCAUUGUUCCCUGUCAGAGCAAGCACUCAGAAAAUUGGAUGUCUGGCAACAGCCUGUAUUCAGAAAUUCAAUAGCAGGAGCAGCAAUAGCAACAGCUGAGUGUCUGGGACAGUGCUCCAUGCACAGUAGGUGCUUGAAAAAUGCUUGUUAGCUAACUAAUGAACUAAGUAAAGAAAGCCUUUAGUCCUCUGUGCUAUUCAGAAUGAAACAGUGUCAAUAACAGAUCUGAUUGCUUUUCAGCCAAGCCACAUUUGAACUUCAUAAUGGGCAGGCUAGCAGGACUUGGACAAAAAGCCACUGGACCCUAGAUUUCUUAUGCAGACUGCACUGUACAGAUCACAGUGCCCACCCUUCAAUGUUGCACUACAUUCUGCUUAUAUCUAAUAGACCCACUGCUCCCUCUAAGCUUGCCAAUUACUUCCUUCUAGUCAAAUCCAAAGGCCAUUGCCCAGUUCUAGUCUUCUGUGGCCAGACAGGAUAAGCCAAGCUGGGGACAAAAUGAGGUCUCAGGGCAUCUCUGGCAAAGGGGAAGGGAGCAGGCUCCAAGAGGACAGACAGGGUCGUUCCUUUUUUGCCACUUUACCCUAGGCCAGGCCUGCCAGCUUAAUUUGGACAUGUCCUUUAGUACUGUUCUUAAAUGUCAGGGAAAGAUUUUUGUUUUUGUUUUAUUUUGUUUCUUAAACUAAAUGAUCCUAGUUCAAAAUACCCAGGAUUCCUUGCAAAUGUCAGCUAACAUAGCAGGACCAAGAGAAUCUUAGAAGCUUUUGGCAGUCACUAAAUGUUACUGCUGGUGUCUUUUGUCUAUAGGCCAAGGGAGUGAACUCUAUGAGGGAUUUCAAAUGUCCUUGAUGGACUUUUCCACCAAGCUUAGAACCAUUAGAAAAAGUUCUUCUCCAGUUCGCCUGGCCAUCCAGUCACACUUUCAAAUCCAUCCACCAAGAAAGAAAGCACUAAGAAUGUAUUGAGCACAAACUCUUUUUGCCUUUGUUGGGAAGGAGGGUGUGGAUGAGUGUGUGUAUGUGUGUAACUGUUGCCUAUGUAAGGACUUAAGUGUGUGGAGGGGCUUUUGGUAAUAAUGUGGAUAUAUGUAAAAAAUGUUUAAAUUGCAUGCAAAAAAGGUACAGAAAAAUGUACGAUAAAUACAUUUAUGUGGGGGGGUACCUGUGUUUGUGAAGGGACAGCUGGAAAGAUAUCAUCUGGGUGGACUGGUGUUCUUGUGUGUGUGACAUAUAUGUGUGUAACUCUCUCUGCAUCUAUUCCUGUACAUGGGACUUGAGAGUCCAGGUGAGGAAAGUAUAUGUUUGUGUGCGUAAGUGUGUGUGUGUGUGUGUGUGUGUGUAUGCCUGAACUGUCCUCAGUCUUAGGUUUGCCUGGGAGAACCAUCUUGGCCCCCAUUUCCUUUCCUCCACUUCUAAACCAGUUGCUGUGGAGUCAGUUGUGACUUGUGAUGACCACAUGUGUGUCAGAAAAGCACUGCUUCAGAGGGUUUUCAAUGGUUGAUUUUUUGGAUGUAGCUUGCCAGGCCUUUCUUCUGUGGCACUCCUGAAUGGACUCGAACCUCUAGCCUUUCCGUUAGCAGCUGAGGAUGUUAACUGUUGUACCACCCAGGGAUCCUUUCCACUUCUAGAGCAUCCUUCAUUUCUCUGCUUCUGCUUCCUCCUUCUUAGAGAUAUUUUCUACCAUAUAUCCCCCCUUUCUCUGUUUCAUGAUUUCUAUUACCCUCUCCUCCUCCCCACGUGCCCCUUCUCUCAGGCCGCCUGCAGUCUCUUCCAACAAAGUGGGGGUGACUCCACCAUUGGGAAGGGCAGUGCUCAAUGAUUGGGAAACAAUUUUGGAGCCAAUGAAAUGUCUGCCUAAAGAUUGUUCUUGGAUCAAUGGGAAUCCUGUGGGUCACCGUUGGACAGAUUAACGUAGUCAAGAAAUGUAAUAUAGACAUUCAAUCCUAGAAUUUUGAUGAAUUAAUUAAAGCCUUGUUUUUAGUUCUAUUGAGAAGGAAAAUCAUUUAUUAUCUUUAGUCUGACCCUGUGCCUUCAAGAGAACUCUUAUUCUGUAAAAAUAACGGCUGAGGUAGGCAAUUCACACAUACUUGUGAAAUCUAAGCAGAUUAUCUCACCAGUAGCUAUAACUGUAAUAAACUAAAGUGACCUCGUUUAAACAAACAGAUGUUUGGGGCUGACAAUUGAAAUGUAAACAUGACCCUAAUUAAUGACUUGGUUAAUCGUAAGUGGUUCACUCUUCAGAGAUAUUUGUUAAAUUCUCAGGCUUUAGUUGUAACAUAGGUCUCCAGGCUACCUUUGUAUUCUUCUUGUUAGAAAUUAAAUACUUCUAGCUACUCAGUCUGUGAAGCCACUUGUGAAGCAAGUGGGCCCUCAGGGCAGGGAGAAGGGAAACUUAGAGACGGUUCUAAAUCUCUCCUUUGAAUGUUUUAGGAAAAGUAAGUCUCUCAGCGUCCCCACCCAUAAAUGAGUGUGUGCACCAUCAAAACCAGUCCACUUAUAUCUUCUGAUAUGUAGAUCCUUAACAAAGUAUAUGGUAAUACAUAUUAAUGUACAAACAUGAUAUCUAAUUUCAAAUAAUUUCCUAUCAAUAACUCACUCUGGGUCCAAUGUAGUCACAGAGCUAGAUUCAGGGAGACCGCAACUCCUGGAAGGAAACUAGAAAGCAGUUUAACACCCUGUUGCCAAAGAGACAGAUGAAACAGAGUAGAGGAUGCUGGGAAAUAGAAUGUCCAGCUCCUGGGCUUAAUGGCUGCUUGAUGUGAGGUACUCCACCCUUGUCCCAACAAAUUAUUUAUUAUUUCAGCAAGAUGGGACAGGGAGGGGAUGGUUAAGUCAACUGACAUGUUGGCUUUGGGUGGCCUUCCUUCAAGAAUAGCCCUUUCUUUGCUGCAGUGGAUACAUCCAGCUGCAGAUUUCCAUCAUCACUGGAUACUCUUGCAGAUGAAUUCAGAAAUUAUACUGGCCUUCCCGAUUGUUGUUACUGAGUUAAACAAGCACUAUUGAGACCAUCCUCUUGGACAUACCACUGUGAUGGGUGCUACAGGAAGAGGGAGAAAAAGGCAUACUUCCUACCCUUGAGAAGCUUUGAGUCAAGUUGGGGAGAGAAAUCACUCGAGAACAAUUAUGAGGGAAUUUGUCCACAGAUGCAAAAUAACACAUACCAAAAUGUCCUAUAAAAUGAAGAACUCUGUCACUAGAUGGAAUUGAGUAGGUGGGAGAUGCAACGGUCUGAGAUCUUGACCCAGGGCUUUAUGAGUGGAAGGUCAAGGACCUUUUCCUAACUGUCUCACAUAUACUACAGUCAUCAGCAAGAAUGGCUUGGUGCGGGGGGAGGGGGCGCAAUGGAGAUUGUUACAGUGGUUUCCAAAGCAUGUGUUUAAGUAUUGAAAGUAGUGGGCAUGGUUAUCUUCCAUGCUGAGCUCUUUAUUUUAAUGGAGCUUCUCCCAGACAUCCAUGUUACCCCGUUGCAGAAAGGCACCAUGUGCUGUUUCUACACUGGCCAUAGUAAGAGGUUGGCGCUUUGCAGUAGUGGAGACUUGGCCAGAUCAGAGAGGGUGGGGCAGCAGUACUGGUGGCCUCAGCUUCAGCCCUAAGCCAUGGCUUGAGCAAAGACCUGAUCAAUUUAAUUUUGACCUGAGCAUAUUGGGUUCAGCCUUGUGGACCUUGCCACCUGCUUACAGUCCGGCCCCAGAGCUGGCUCAAACUUGAGAAAGCUCUCCAUGGCUUAUCACCUUCUCAAAGCUGGUAAGCAACUCCCACCUAGCCACUUCCUCUUUCAUGUUCACUUCAGGCUACACACACAGGCCUCAGUUGGAGUAUUAUGUCUAUGCUGAGAAGGAGAAAGGUGGCCUCUGAAUCCCAAAGGAGUAAUAAAGGCUACAUGCCUGAGUUUCCCCCCACACUACCCGCCCCUCCAGACACUGGAAAAUCUAGGGUUGGGCUUCCACCCACUUCAAGACGUUAAGGCCUCAGUAGGAAGAACACUCUGGAAAGGGUGAAGACAGCUCCAACCCAAAAUCAGUUCAGUCUUGAUGCUGAGCCCUGGGUAUGAUGCCUACCUGGCCCAGCAGGUGUCAAGAGGCAUGUCUGUUGACAGGCAAAAAGAGUCUAGAGGGCUCACAGCCCCCACACUAGCCUCCUAGCUGCACUCUUCACUCCAACUCUGCACUUGGGCCUACUGUUUCUAAACCAAAACCUGUUGCUGUUGAGUCAAUUCCAACUCAUGAUGACCCCAUGUAUGUCAGAGUAGAAAUGCACUCCAUAAGGUUUUCAAUGGCUGAUUUUUCAGAAGUAGAUCACCAGGCCUUUCUUCCAAGGUGCCUCUGGGAAGACUCAAGCCACCAACCUGUUGGUUAGCAGCCAAGUGCUUUAAGCAUUUGCACCACCCAGGAACUCCUCUACUACUUUUGAGCUCUAAAAUUCCUCCUUGGGAAAGCUGGUAAUGGGGAACCCAAGGUGGAGAAAGGGAAAGUGUUGACAUGUCAUGGGUUUGGCAACCAAUGUUACAGAACAAUAUGUGUAUUAAUUGUUUAGUGAGAAACUAAUUUACGCUGUAAACCUUCAUCUAAAGUACAAUUAAAAAAAAAAUCCUCCUUGGGCCUCAGGUUGGUAUGUCUUCUUCCAACCAUGGCCAGGACCCAGAAGUCAUUGGGACAUGCCGUGACGUCUAGUCCUAGCUCUUCUACUAACCAGCACAAGUCCCUUUCCUACUCUGGGCCUCAGAAUUGCCACAUGUAAGAUGAAAUGAUUGGACUAGAUGAUUCCUAAGGGGCCUUUUGGCUUUGAUGUUUUAUAAGUCAAAGUGUCCUCCUUUUUCUUUCUUUAUAAGGUAAAUGCUUUUUGUUCGUGGAAAAAUAAGGAACCUUUGAGACUUUCAGUGUGGAAGCUGGCCCAAAGUUCCCAGGUUAUGUUUGCUUUUGUAUUAUGUUUGCUUCUUCCAAACUGGUUUCUCUCAUCCCUAAGGGCCAAAGACAGCUCUGGUUUGGGCCCACAGACGCCCGUGGACCAGUCGUUCAUGGCUGCCCUGGAGUCCCAGCAGCCCUGAGCGCUUCACUGGGGGCAGCCGCCUCCCCCAGGGCUGGCAGGAGGGAAGUUCUAUUGCGUCUGCUCCAGCCACCAUUUCCCCCCAGGAUGGGGAGGGCUUGACUGCCAGACCUCAGCAACAUUGGGAACAACUGUGAAAGGUCCCCUCUGGUACACUGGCAAUGCUGGCACUGUGGGGCUGGCUGUGGGUGGGAAUGGGUGCUGCUCUUGGGGUUCCCAAGAAGCGGGGAUUUCUCGGGGAUGAUGAGAAGAGCCCGUGCUGAUCCCUGGGUGGGAUCAAGUUCCCCUCAGGAAUCUAGGAAACUCGGACAGAGGCCCUGUGGGGGCUUGUCCAACUGUGGACCUGGGAGUGUUUUGUCACUCGGCUGUAAAAGAGCCUUGAGGGAAAAAAAGAAGGGGAGGGGACCCUGCCACAGGGACCUGGAGGCCUUCAAGCCUGACUCCUCCUUUUACAGGCGAGGGGGGAACAGUUUUCCACAAAACCAUAGGGCCAGGAGUUGGAGGGAGGGAUUGUUGUUCUGCAUGGUCACGUGACACCGGGACUCCCCCCUAUUCCACAAUCCUUUCCAGGGAAACAUUAGUGAGCUGGAAGGAGCCUAGGCAGGGAGAACAGUGAUAUAAUGUGCCACACAGAAGGCAGUGUCAGCCACAACAAACAAGCAAAGCCUCUCAGACAAACAUACACAGUCUCACUCAGAGUCUCUCUCUCUCCCUCUCUCUCUCACACACACACACACACACACACACACACGCUCACUUACUCACAUACAUGUGCUUGCGAGUGCAUGCCCAGGCCUCAUUGCACACCCACCCCAGGGCCUCAAACGCGCCUCUGUGGCACUGACUUUCUGUCAUCUACAGGCCCAGCUCACAUCACCUGCUGGUACAACUUCACUGGGCACAGGUGUGGGGGAGGAAUGAGAUUCCUUGGACGAGGAGGGGCAUUUUCUAAAACUUAAAAAAGAAAGAAAGAAAGAAAACAAAGCAAGUCUGAAGUCCUCCCACAGACAGGCUCGUGCUCCGGGUGUGCUUUUGCGGGCCAGAAACUACAGAACUGGGAGUACUGCCAAGUGCUUUAUCAAAGGAAACAGCCCGCCCAACAGCUGGAGAUGGGCUCUUGCCAGCUGUGUGUGCCUCUCUGUCUCUCCUUCCCCUUUUCUCUCCCCUUCUCCUGUCUCCAUCCAUCUAUCUCUUGUAGCCUUGCACUUUGCGUUGGGAGAGCUCACAGACGGACUUCCUUGGACCACAGAGAGUGCUCUUGAUGCCGAGCAACUGAGCAAGAUCACAGCCCCAGCUGGGAAGGGGAGCAGCCCUCGCUAAGGAACGUACUGCCCAGAAGCUGAUCUCCUGGCAUUGGGCAAGGGGCUGCUGGGUAGUGGGCGCUUCUGCUGCAGCUGGAGCCUUGGGGAGAUACAGUAGAGUAGUCCCUCUUUAGCCUCCUUUUUGCCCACAGUGGGAGGUGGGUACCUGGCUGUGCUGUGUAUGUUGGCAGCAACAUGUUGUUUUCCAGCAACCUCAGCAACUUUGCCAUCCAUAUUCAUUAAUUAGUUAAUUACUUGGAUUCAUUUCUCUAAGCCUUGGGCUUCCCAGGGAGAGGAGACAAUGUGGGGUAGAGCGCUGAAGAGGGGUGUUCUCCCCUUCCUUUGGGGGUGGGGUCCCACUACCAGACACAAAGGAGAGUGAGGGCAAGGGUAACCUCCUGUGGCUUCAUCCCUUUGCCCAGCCAUAGCCCAAUUCAGGCUCACAAUUUGCCAGCUCAAGUGGCCAGCACAGCCCUGAAAGUUUGCUCCAAGCUGCAUUUGUAGAAGCAACCAUAUGGAUAAUGGUGCCAGCUGGAGAUGCCUAGUUCUUUGAGUGGCAGUGCUGGGCUCCAGGAGCUAAAGGCAGCAGCCCCAUCCCUGUUGAGGCCAGGAGACUUUGUUCUGUUUCCUAUCACAGCCUGCACCCCUGCCUCAGUUGACCCCUGGAGAGAGCUCAAGGGAAAACUAACACUUCUCCCACCAUCCUGGCCAUGCCUCAAGAUCAGAAUCCCUGUUGUGUUCAUUCUACAUCCCCAGUGCCUGCCACAUGCUGGGGGCUUAAAUAAUGGCUGGUAACUGGGAAUCUUUGGAAAAGUCACUUUAAAGCAAGUGGGAGGUGACAACUCGGUCUGUGGUUGCCACGUUGGGCUUAUUUCAUCUUUUACAGAGCUUGACUAAGUGAGUACUGGUGAGAGGGUGGGCACCCAUGUGAGGUGCUAUGGGGUAACCAGUAGGGGUGAGGUAGCAAACUGAGAUAAUCUUAAAUUCUGGUGUCUAGUGAGCAUUCUGCUGCCCAUCCUCCCACUCUUUCGCACCCACUCGCCCACCAUCAUGGUUCUUCUCCCCAGGCCAAUCUCUUUGAUCUUCCCUCUUGCCCCUCUCUUCUUUCCUUCUGAGUCUUGUACAAAUGGGCACAUUUGUAUGCUUAGUCACAAGUGGACCUGUAGUAUAAUGAGCACAGGGAUUUGAAUGCCUGUUCAGCCACUUGCUACCUGGUGUGACUUGGGGUAAAUUAUUUAGCCUCUCUGAACCUCAGAUUCUCCAUCCGUGAACUGGAGAUGAUAUGCAUAACACCAACCUAUAGAGGUUAAAAAAAAAAAAGUUUUUUUGGGGGGGAUGGUUAAUUGAGAAAAGAUAUAUAAAGUGCUUUGAAUAAUGUUUGGCACACCAUAGGUGCUCAACAAAUGUUAGCUACUGUUGUUCAUUGUUAUUACCUUGUGUAUGUGUUUCGAGGAUGUCUAUCACACAUAACUGGGCUGAUGGAAUAGACUAUGUGAUAAACCACAGACAAACCAGACCAGGACACUCAGAAGACUCCUUGGCAAUUCCGUUUGUCCAGCCCUGGCAGCCACAAUCCUGGGUAGAACAAGGUACAGAAGUUGAGAGUCCGCGGCAGAGUUCAACCCCUUAUCCCUGAUUCUCCCUAAUAGGGCUUCCCCUCAGGCCAUAGGACAGACUAGACGGCUCAUGGGCAUGGGACCAAAUGUCUUCUGGAAAGCUCCACCUUCCCCACAACUUCUCUAGACUCUGGCUUCCUUCCUGGCUUCACUCAGUUGGGGUUUUCUUUGUCUACCUUUCCACUCUACCCGAUGCCUUUACCACAUAUACCAUUUCCACAUUUCCCCUGGAGUGUUGUCAACCUUGAGUGUAUCUGAAAGGACCAGGCCAGGACUCUGAAGGACCGUUUCUAUCACAGCCUAUUUAUGACCAUCUCCCUGAGCACAAGUGUGUGUGUAGAGCCUGAAGCCUUGGGGUGCCUGUUCCUAUGUUUCCUAUGUAUGUUUAAAUCUUGUGACAUCAAGAUUUCUCAUUCCUAGUUCAAAUACUGAUUACUCGACCUACCAUGAGCUAUGGGUUCUGAGAGCUGGGCAGUCAGAAGGGUGCUGAUGUGGGCACUUACACGAUUUGUGAUCUAGGUCUUCAUGAAUGGAGGUUGUGGGGCUUGCCCCCUCCAGUUCCCUCACAGGAGUACUUCCGACGGUUGGCACCAGCAGCAUGUCAGCUGCAGGGAGCAAAUGGUGUGAGAGAAGAGAUCCCAGGUCUUCUUUGGCUAUGGCUGAUUCCUUAUUUCCUCUCCUUUCCCAGUUUGGGAGCAUUUGUUGCUGUCUGAAGGGCUGGGCAGUGCCAAGACCACAAUAAACAGCUUGUCCAGUACACACAAGCUCUUUGGACCCUGAAAUGUCAGCUGGCCAACUGGCUCACAGCUAGACCCUGCUGCGUGCCGUUUGCAUCCGGCCCCAACAAUGCCUCUCAGCACUUGUAGACUCAUGUGUCAUAGCAACAAGACUGGGGGGUGGAGGCCCCAUAUUGACCUGGCUCUAGCUCUGGGAAGCCAAGCUCAGGAGCCACACUUAGGGCUCCUGAUAAAAAUGACUGCCUUAGGGACCCAGCUCUGCUGCUUUCAAACCAGGAAAGUGGCCUCUCCUCCCCUCCCCCACCACUGGGCCUGGUCCCAGGGGCAGCAAACAGCCAGACUCCCUAUGCCCCAUAUGGCUGAACCAUUGACUGAUGUUGGCCAGAAACAUCUCGCCCAGUGAAAGCUAGUGGGGUGUGGGGUAUGCACCUCCAGGGGUACAACACAGUACAAAGGGCAAGAGAGGAGAGGGAGAAGCAGUGGGGUCUGGGGGCAAGAGUGCCAGGCCAGGAUCCAGGAAACCUGGGCUCUGCUCCCAGGCCCUGCCACCACCUCCCUUGGCGUCCUUGAGCAAGAUCAUCCAGAGGGCAGGGUUGGGGGGAGCAGGCACAAGGCCAACACCUGGCCUAGGAUAAGAUGAGCUGCAAAAUCUAGUUCAUGCACUCUGGAGGUGGGGUUGGGGUGUUUAAUCAGGAAAACUUUCCACUGAAGAGCUACUGAGCAGCCUUUAAAUCUCUUGGUGCAUCUUGACCAGCAAUGGAACCAAACUCAGGUGCCUAGGGAACAUAUCAGAAAAGAAAGGAUUGCUUCUUUUAACAUGUCCUAUCCUUUGCCUUGUUAGGGAGACCAACAGGUAGGGAUUUUCACUGCCAGGACUCAGGGCAGAGAGCACAGUUGUCCCUUACUUAUGGAAGGCCCUGGAAUUGUAUUCACUUCUGCCUUUUGCAGCCUCCCAGGACAACUUCCCUGGGGUAAGAUGUGAUGUUUGUCCCUAGUCUUAGGAGUUUGUAUGGAAAAAGAGUCUCCCAGCUCUCCAUUCCAGUGCCCAUGCUUCAGUACCCCAAUGUCCAGAGACUGACACCAUGACACAUGCCCACGCUCUAAACCUGCCUUCCACAUCUCAUCCCUGAGCAUCCUCUGCCUGAUAGCAAUAAAUCUGCUAGUUCAUCUGGCCCUGUACACUCAGUGAGAGCUCAUGAGAUGCAGUAGUCUUCAAUAGCGUGAAGCAGAGCUGACAGAACCUACCAGUGUCUGACAUAAAGUAGGUGCUCAAUAAAUAUUUGUCAGAUGAAUCCAGGCUAGAAUAACUUCAUAAUACUUUCAUAUAAAGGAUUGCAUUUAAUGGUAGAAACUUCAGGCUCUGUGAUGGGACCUGUUUGGAGGGGGGAGGAAGAAGGCCUUUUGUGACUGUGUAAAUAACAGUAUGGGGGCAACCACCCUUCAUGUACAUGAAAGGAAGGUAGGAUACAUCCAUUCAGGGGAAAGGAUGUCUGGGAAAAGGGCCAACAUCUGUACUCAGAAGCGUCUGAAGGCUUCACACACUUCCCAGAGAAGGAAGGCUCCAUAGUGUUGUCUAAUUGGCUCUCCAGUUGUUCUCUUCCUUAGUGAAGGCCCAGUGUGGUAAAGUUGGUCAUGGCUUAGCUUCCCAAAGCUCUACGGGAGCUUUGGGCAGCUUAUGGUUAUUCCACACCAGAUACCAGUUGUUAGGGUGUGCCUUGGAUCUGAUUAGCAUUGCCUGAGGGAGCCUGGGGGGACCACUUGGCCAGGGUCUUCACAAGUUACUCAUACCUCAACAUGCCCCCUCUCCUUCAGUUCAGGGGUCUGGGAGCUAUGGGCUGGCCUGUGCAAUUUCCCUUGCCAGAUUCCUGUGUUGUCUGUGCCUUCACAGCAGGGUGGGUGAGAAAGAGCUGCACAGGAGGGAAAAACAAACAGAGGAAAGGUCUCUGGGUCUGUUGACAUUGUAAGUGCUAUUGAUUUUAUAAGAUUUUUCCAUUGGGAGGACAGUGAACUGACCUCGUUUUGCAGCCAGCUCAGGCUUUGACGCCACUGUCUAGGCCAUGAACUGAGAACCCGAGAGGCUAUGGCUUUAUCUCAACACAUACUUGAUAGUCACCACUCUCAGCAAGGCCAGGCUGGGGCCUUUCUGGAUGGGACAUGGAGGAUGUGGGUGAUUACAGGCCUCUCUGCUCCUUCUACCUUUUCCCAGGGACACUGUAUGACCCUGGGUUCAAGCAAUCUUGAAUCUUGCUGGACAGCAGGGGAGGGUUACUUUUCAAGCAAGAAGGACUAUAGCAAUAAAGCUAUGACAGCAAAAGGGUGGUUGAAAGAGCACUGAACUAGGAGUUGGUGAUUUGGACUUGAGUCCCAGCAGUGCCACUAAUUAGCUGGCUGUUUUCAAGCAAAUUACUUCCCCUCUCCUGGUCUUAGUUUUCUCAUCUGUUAAGUGAUAGGUGGAAUGAAAUGAUCUCUCAGGUCACUUCCAGCUCUCAAAUCCAGCAGGUCUGUGGCAAAUGCAGAAGUUAGGAAGGAGGAGGAUGAAAAGGAGACAGAAAGUAGGGUCAUUAAGUUUAUGUUAAUGGUGGUGGGAUGAUUUAGAAAAGGAUAGCAAGAAUGGUGCACAGCUCAAACUAUGUAGUUUACGUCACUAAAUUGUACAUGUAGAAUCUACUGCAAUGGCGUCUGUUUCAUUAUAUGUAUUUUCAUGACAGUAAAAAUAAAAAAGAAGAGAGGAAGGAACAAGGAUGAAAAUAAAAUGAGGGAACUGAAGUAGAUGAUCCUCAAGAUUUCUUCCAUCUCUUUGAAUACGUAAGAAAAAAAAAAAAAGGUGGUCAGAAGAAAACAGAAGAUGCUAAGUUGGUCAAAGGGGAAAAUUGCAUGUUCAAGGAAGAAGCCAGCUGGCGCGGAUUAGGCACUUAUGCCAGGGGAAAAGAAGGAUGGCAUUCCCAGGGCAAUAGUGGGCUGAGAAGAAGGAGAGGGAGGAGACUAUGAAGAAAAAGGCAAAGCGAGGUCAUCUCAAAGAAGUGAUUGGAAAAGACAUCAAUGCCUGUUUGGUGUGAGAGGGCUUGGCUUGGUUGGACGGCACACUGGUGAGGAACCACCUCCUGGCAUGGAGGACCUAAGUGGGUCUCUGAUCAGACAUGGAGGCUGGUGGCAAGUGCUACAGUAGAUUCACCAGAAGGCGAACCCCAGGUGGAAGGUGAGGAGGUGGAAUGCUUUUAAGUUGUCAGGACUUCUUCACUGGGGAGAAUGUGGUCACAAGGGCCCAUCAUUAAGUCUUUGUUUUAUACUCAUCACAUAUCCCUCCUGCCUGGGAGCAGAGGUAGAGUCUGAACAAGUGUGGAAACUGAGACUCCAAGAGGGGAUUCAGCCUUCCUGGAAUCAUGUGACAAUUUCAUGGCAGGGAUAGGGACAAAAUCUGCUCUCUCUCCUGAUUCGGAGCCCAGUACUUUGCAUGACCCCUACCCCAUCCAGUAAAUGCUCUUAAACAAAUCCCUAAUUGUAAUCGAAUUUUCUUAGAGAAAAGUGGAGUGAAGAAAAACCAAUUCCAAGUAACUGAUGGCACCUGAUGGACCUUUUGGCUGGCAGGGCCCAUGCUUGGGGCAGGGGCAGUGCAGGCUGGGUAGAGGUAAAGGGUGUGCAUCUUUAUAGUCAACUGGGCUCUGAAAUCCAAGCUCUGGUUGUGUGACGUUGGACUAGUCACAACUUCCCUGAGUUUCUGUUUCCUCAUCUAUCUUCUGUAAAAUGUGUGUGUUUUACAUAGGGUGGUUGUGAGGAAUAAAGGAAAAAAUGCAUGAAAAGUGCUUGGCACAGUGCCUGGUACACAAUAAACGCUCAACAAGUGGUAGUUAUUAUUAUUACUCCUACUACUAAUGGUAAUAAAUGUGAUAGUUUGUGAUCUUACCAACCUCCUCACCCCCACCAAAGACAUAGAAUCUGUACCUACUGACUGUCCUCUUCUCUCACUCACCUCAGAGUCCCUGCAACACUUCAGUUGCUUAGCCUUGGGCCUCUAAGACCACCUUCUUCACCUCUAUUAUGGGACUGGCAUUCCCAGAUGGCCUCUUCAGAGGUUCUCACCCCCUCCCAACCUGCCUGCCAACUUGGAGCCCCAGUGGCAGGCAGAGGGAGGGAAACAGGUGGCAGGGCCAACAAAAUGAGGCCAUGCAUUCCCGCCCUGUCACCAGUUCCCUGGCAAGGCCUAGCAAGGUCACCUUUUGCUUCUAGUUUUCUCGGGUUGAAAUGAAGCCCUGAGCGGGCAUUUGGGUGAGAGCAAGGGUUUUGCUCCCACAACUGGGGAGAACCUCUCUUUUAAAUAUUUUCUAGACCAAGCAACAUUCCAGCCAAAAGGGAAUGCCAGGGUCUUAGAGAGGAGCAGAGUUAUUCGAUUGAUGUUGUGCUGAGGUGGGCCUCAUUCCCUUUCCGUAGGCCAGGUGCCCUUAAUUGGGGGAGGGAACCUGUCUUCAGGUCUCAUCAGGUAAGAAGACUCUUGGGUGUGGCCUUGUUGGGGGAACUGAUUGCUUGUGCUGGGAAAUUCAGAGUGUGCCCCAAACUGCUCCUCAGCCUCUCACCCCUGGGGGAAAGGUGGGGACACCAGAGAAACGGUGGCACAAGGCCAGGAAGGCCUGAAAUCACGUUCUAGUGUGCAGGUCCUAGAGAUAAAGCAGCCCAGCCCAUUCUCUGGGUUGAGAGGUGAAGGGGAAGAUGGGUUGGAAGACCAGGUGGGUGGGGCUUGCUGAACCUAGAGGUGGAGCAGGCAAUUGUCUAUCUGGCAAGAUUUCAGGGGCCCCAGAGCAGACUCCACCCCCCAAAAUUUCCCCCAUUACAUGUAACCAGACAAUGGUGUAUUUCUGGACCCCAUGCUGGGUGUUCCGAAUUGUGUUCAGCCUGUGUAACAAUUCAGCAGGUUCAGCCUUUACCCGCCCCCCCGCCCCGUGUCUCUUCCCCUUAAAAGAUUUGAUAGGAAGGGGCUGAGGUCAGGCUGGGAAAGUGGGGUCAUUAGGCACACAGAUGGCUCUGGGCAGCCUGACAGGGAGGCCUGAGGGUGACAAGAUAGCUGGUGAGGGGCACAGGGGUGGGGCAGGAAAUGUUCUUAAAGAGGUGCACAGGAGACCAAAUUUGGCUAAGAGCCAAGCCUUGGAGGCGAGACAGAAGAUGGGACAGAGGAUAGGGGCAGGUCUAAGGCACACAGGUGCUUUUUGUGAAGAGGGUUCUACAAUGUAAUCUGAAUGAGUCCUUCAAGUGCAGCAGGGGUUGGGAGGCAUAAUAAUUGCUGACAUUUGUCCCAGGACUUUGCCAUUCAGCAAGCACCUUCAUACCUGCACAAGGUCCCUAAUUUUCCUAACAGCCCUGUCAAGGUGGGUAGGACAGGGAUAAUUACCUCCAUUUGACAGAUGAAGAAACAGAGAUGCAGAGAGAUUAAGUGACUUGCCCAGGGUCACACAGUUUUAAUGGCAGAGAUGGGACCAAAACUUUGGUCUCCUAACUCCCAAGGCAGUGAAGGCUAGAAUUAGCCUAAUGAGUACCCAGGUAGCCACCCCCAUUCAUAGUUAUUUCAGGAAUUCUGGGAAGGACCUCUGCCCCAUGAAUAUCUCUGUUCCAGCUCACUAAUACUUGAAAUUUUACUCUUAAAGAUUUAUUCUUUUGAACUGGAAUUUUGGCCCUUGUUAAAACAUGAAAGGGUACUGAAGGAAAGAGUAUGUGUCGGGGGUGCCCACCUUAGAAAAAUGCCAGAGGGUACUCCUCGGAGAGGGACUAGGGGGUGGAGUGGGGUAGGGGAGGGGGUGUGCUGGGAGGGGAGGGGAGGCAGCGAGUGGCAGACCUCACCGUUUUUGCAUAAGGAAGGGAGGAGUUGCGUCAGUGUGUGAAGGCAGGCAAUGCAAGCAAGGAAGAAGGGGGGCAAGCUUGCCCAGAAGCCUGCCUGAGAGAGCUCUAAUGGGUGACUGCAUUAGCCCCGACACUGAGUCCUCGACACUGAGUCCUCACAGGGAGGUAAGGGGAGAAUUUCCAUGUAGGCUUGGGGGAGAGGGGAGAGGAGGGGAGGGCAGUGCCUAGACAAGGAAGCAGGUUGGCCUAAGAAGCUGUGAUUGUAGAGGGUGGGGGUGGGGGAAGCUAUUCAGGGAACUGGCCUGGAGCCAGGGGCCAGUCCCAAGAGGGUGAGUGGAGGCUUCAGAGCUCUGGGCCCCAUUCCAACUCCUGACCUUGAGUCACCAUGCAACUUGGCACUUUUCCUACCUCAGCCCAGACACCCAUCAGGUCUCUGUUAUCUUGGCUUCCCGUUUUACAGAAAACUGUGUAAAAGUUACUCUCCUGGCUCCUCCUCCUGGCUGACCGUGCUCUUGUACAGUUCCCGUGCCCCCCCCCCGCUCCGCCCACCACAGCAUCCUGCAAGCCUCCUAUGGCUCAUGGAAGCUCUUUCCUGCUGCCUUUAGUCCCAGAGGCUGCCCCUCCUCAGUACAAGCUGCCCCUGCACCCCAUGUGCACAAACAUGACCUGGUUCUGACGGCAAGAGCCUGAAGGCCUCACCCAACCCUUGGCCUAGGCCUGUUGACUCAUAGGUACAGCUGUACAUAGUUGCAUCUGAGGAGAUCAAGGCAGAGACUAUUAGAACUGGCAGCAAACUUGGAAGUCGCUUUUGCCUUUCAUUCAGUCAGUCAUUCAAUUGUUUCUUUUCUGGAGCAGGUACUAUGUGCCAGGCACUGUAGUAGGCACUUGGGAACUCCUGGCUGCAUGGAACUCCCAUUCUAAAUAGGGGAGACUGUCAUUCAUCAGAUAAGCAUCGAAAUAACUACAAAUUUGCAGCCCCAGCCCUCCCAUUUUACAUUUAGGGGAAAGUGGGGUCCAGAAUGGUUACAUGACUUCUUCUAGGGUUCUGCUAGCCAAGGGUAAAACCAGGCCAGAACCCAUGUCUCUUGACUACUCUUCCAGUGCUCUUUCCAACAUGUUCUGGAAAGAACACAACACAAGGGUAAGAGAGUAUUAUUUAUUGUAUUAUUUAUCCCUACACGCAGAUGUGGCCUACUUGGCAAGAUUUGAAAAACAAUCCCCUCACUGCUGCCUCCUCCCCCCGCACACACCUGAUGGUUCCCCCUAUAACCCUCCAUACCUAAAAUUAUACCAUUGACUCAGAUCUUUGGGUAAAGCCCCUGUGAUCUGAGGGAGGAAAACCCAUUAAGCUGUUAUUUGCCAUUUACACAGAUUUCUUGGAUCUGUCCUUUAGGGUUGUCCCAAAGGACGGGUAUGUUUGAUGUGGGGGGAGGGAAACGGAGAGUCUUCCUUAAAGGAGCAUUGCUAGAGAGGACAGGGCCUGGCAGUGGGGGACCACAGGCAGCAGGAGGGCACAUGUCGCUUGAGGGGACAGGCAGGAGGAAGUUACCUGAAAAGGAAACAGGAAGGUUCUGAAGACAAACUCCUAGUUCACAGUUUAGCCCGGGGGCCAGCUUUGCACAGACACCCUGAUCAGUGACAUUCUGUUUCAAAAUACAUGUUUACAUUUGGUCUUUCCUUACGCUAGAUUAUACUGAGUCUUUUGUCCCUUCCCCAGCCUGGUGUCUGGGUAGUUUGUACUGAUUUGUAGUUCCUGAGGGGCCUUCCCUGAGAAUGGUUGAGCAGCUUCCCUUAAACAAUCUGCCAGUCUCUGAAUUGAAAUGCAGAUCAAUCCCAACCUGGCAUGGGAAGGGGGGGGGUCUCUUCCAGGAAUCGCUUUGGGAAUCCUUUAGUCAGUGGAAAGAACCAGCCCCAGCCCGAGGGCUUCCCCAUCUUGAGCCUAAUAAGGGCUUGUUUCAGAUUCCCGUGCAGGGUUCAGUGGGAAGGGACAUUGGUGCAAGUUCCAUUCUCUGCCUGGCACAUAGCCUUGCCUGGAAAUCUUCUAAAAAUAAAAAGCAGUACCCAGCUAGAGACAGCCCAGCACUUCAGAAUCACAGUACAAGGGUUCAAAUCUGAUCUCCACCACUUAAUAGCUGCGUGAUUCCAGGCGGGUCAUUUAACCCGAGUCAAUGUUUCCUCAUCCACACAAUGGGGCUAAUGAUAAUACCCAACUCCUAAGACCAUUGAGGAUCCCUGGUGGCGCAGUGGUUAAGGGCUCGGCUGCUAACCAAAAAGUCAGCAGUUUGAAUGCACCAGCUGCUUCUUGGAAACCCUAUAGGACAGUUCUACUCUGUCCUAUAGGGCCGCUAUGAGUUGGAAUCGACUCAACAGCAACGGGCUUGGUUUUCGGCAAGACCGUUGACAAUAUAUAUAAUGCUCUUAGUACAGUGCCUGCUAAGCAGCCGGUACAUGGGAGGGGGCCAUGUUAUUAUUUGGACCAGAUAGGAAUUUGAGAUCUCCCAGUGAUAGGUCAGAACCUAACAGCUGCGAAUCCCUGCCUUCCUGUUUAAUGGAGAUUUUCAUGUGUCAGGUUUGCUUAAAGCAAGGCCCACCGGCAGGGCAUUCCCCUCAUGGGUGAUUCAUGGGUGGGAUGCAUUCCACCCACCUAUUUUAAGCUGUUCUACAUUUUCUUCCCCCUGACAUGGACGUGUUUACACAGGGGAGGACAGUCCCAGUCAAAACAAGAUGAAAAUACACUGCUGGCUGGGAGCCCCCGGCUAACUGGUUUCAGGUCCUCUCUCAGCUGUCAGCACCUCACAACAGGGCCAUGGGGGGUGUGUAGGGGGGGGAUGCCUACCCCUACUUCCCGGCCUCCCUCCAUCAGCCCAGCUCAGCCUGGUGUCAGGCAGUCGGCCAUCACCUGGCCAAGCUAGAGGGGGUCCUGAGGCUGAGGCUUUUCCUGAGUUUUACAAGCAAAAGAAGGAAGGGUGCUGAGGGGAGAAGGGCUACCCUUACCAGCCCUGGUGUGAGUAUUGUGUCUGCUGCCAGGGCCGCCUGGUGCACAGACAGAGAAGUCAACUGCCAACACAGAGUGAUGGAAAAUGGCCAGAGAAAGCUCCUCCACUGACCUGCCCUAGUGCCUUGAAUUCCCCCAUUAGACUCAUUCCUUUGGGUUAACAGGAGGCUCCUGGUAAAAGGAAAUUACCCCAGGAACCAGGAACACGUCAACCCUUUAUCAACCCUGGACCCUUGUUGGUGAUCCAUUUCUCUGCUAUAAAAAAUUCAUUGCCAUCGAGUCAAUUCUGACUCAUAGCGACCCUAUAGGACAAGAGUAAAACUGCCCUCAUAGAAUUUCCAAGGAGCACCUGCUUGAUUUGGACUGCUGACCUUUUGGUUAGCAGCCAUAGCUCUUAACCAUUAUGCCACCAGCACUCCUUCUCUGCUAUGCCACCUUAUAAAUGAAAAAGUAGUGCUUGAGGAGAUGUCCAGUGAGAAUGUUUUGAUGGCUAGCAAAUGGGGUCUCCUGGCCAGGGGGCACUGAAAUGUCCCCAAUUUGCCCAAGGCAGCCUUGCUGCUCUUCACAGCAUCUUCAUAACUGUUUGCUUUUAUUUACCAAGAAGAGAGGGAGGAAAAAAAAAUCUCCUUUGCCAUAAACUCUACUACUUUUAGACCUACACAUUCAGAGGCAGUUUGGUUCCUUUUUUCUUUCUUUACAUUAAAAGAAUUUUUUUAUUGUGAUAGAAACCCAGUGCCGUCGAGUCGAUUCCGACUCAUAGCGACCCUACAGGCCAGAGCAGAACUGCCUGUGAUAUUGUGAUAGUAUAUGUAUAUAUAUAGUGAUAUAUAUUAUUGUGAUAGUAUAUAUAUAUAUAUAUACAUAAAACAAAAAAAUUGCCAUUUUAACCAUUUUUAGUUACAUUCACCAUGUUGUAUGACCAUCACCAUCAUCCAUUUCCAAAUGUUUUUCAUUACCCCAAACAGAAACUCUGCACCCCUUAAGCAGUAACUCCCCAUCCCCCCUCCCCCAGCCCCUGAUAACCACUAAUAAACUUCACUUUGUAUGGAUUUUCCCAUUCUAGAUAUUUUAUGUAAGUGGGAUCAUACAGUGUCCUUUUGUGACCAACCAACUUCACUCAUCAUAAUGUUUUCAAGGUUCAUCUGUGUCAUAGCAUGUGUCUGAACUUCAUUUCUCUUUAUGACUGAAUAAUAGGCAGUUUGGCUUCUUGACAGCAAGUCCAGAAAUAUUUGGGGACAUUAGCCUGUCCCCUAAAAGCCUUAGGCAGCCGGGAUCCAUUGUGAUGCCCCACUGAGGCAGGGCCCCAUCAAGUCAAUGCUUAGCUAGCCUAGGCCACUUCUCCCAGAAACCCCACACUAUUCAGGAUCCCUGGUGGUGCAGUGGUUAAAUACUUGGCUACUAACCAAAAGGUCAGUAGUUUGAAUCCACCAGCCAUUCCUUGGAAACGCUAUAGGACAGUUUUACUCUGUCCUCUAGGGUCGCUAUGAGUUGAAAUGGAAUCCACUUGACCACAACAGGUUUGUUUAUUUUCUUUUUUUUCCUGAGAAAAACUAAGCAGUCUCCCUUCUGAGAAAGACUUUAUUUUAAUAGAGAUCCUCAAAACUUCAAAACCAAGGGUGACAUUAAUGGUGAGAAUUUCCUUUAUUUUGGCAGAGGUGGGGUUUAGUUAAGAGGGUUUCUUUUACCUCCCCUCCCUACCAUCAUUCCAGUUAGAUGGCUGUCACUCAGAAAAUCAGGCCUGCCAGCCUUAAAUCCCUUUUUGAUAUCCCAGCCAGCUGGGACUUGGCUGCCCUGCUCCUGGGCUUUAUUACCCUCUACUGUUCCCUGGGAAACCCUGGUGGCACAGUGGCUAAGUGCUACGGCUGCUAACCAAAUGGUCGGCAGUUUGAAUCCACUAGGCGCUCCUUGAAAACUCUGUGGGGCAGUUCUACUCUGUCCUACAGGGUCACUAUGAGUCGGGAUCAACUUGAUGGCAAUGGGUAACAGGUUACUGCUCCCUGCGGGUGACCUGUUCCCAACUGACCUAGCCCCUCUGGCUAAAGACAGAAACUGACCAGUGUCCCAGCGUUAGCAGAGAACCAGGAACACACACACAAGUGAAUUAUCCAUUUUAUUUAAGAGCUUGGGCCUUGGUUCCAGGUCUUUAGUGGCCAAUUACUCAAUUAAACUGUGUUUGGGUUUCCCAAGUAUGUUUGAUUUGCGCAGGUCUUUGGUAUUUUUAACUGCAGCUUCUCUCAGACAAUGAUUGCCCCCCAAAUUAAGGUAUUAACAGAAAGCCGAUUCUUGAAUGUAUGUAUAGUUCUUUCACCACGGGGUCAUUAGCAAACGUCUAAUACUAACCCAAUCCUUUUAUUUAUUUAUCAAGCACAUAUUCACCACAUCCAUAUACUGUGUGCCAGGCUCUGGCCCAGUCCCUGGGGGCAUAGUGGUGAAUAAGACCAGCCCAUGCCCUUACAGAGCUUAUAUCGUACCUGGGUGGUAAAAUGGUUAAUGUGUCCAGCUGCUAACUGAAAGGCUGGAGGUUUGAGUUCAUCCAGAGGUGCCUUGGAAGAAAAGCCUGGUGAUCUACUUCCAAAAAAUCAGCCAUUAAAAAAUCAUAUGGAGCACAUUACUGCUCUGACACACAUGGGGUCACUACAAAUGAGUUGGAGUCAACUCAACAGCAAUUGGUAAGGAAGCCAAUCAAUGCUCUUCUGAGGCUUUGCCCUGCCCAAUUUCAGUCACCAUCUUAUUCAGUCCCACUUAAAGGAAUAGAGGUCCUGAUGCUUACUAUUUGUAUCAUCAGAGAAGCUCUUGAGGUCAAAACAUUGUGGAAAUUAGAAGUCCUGUAUAAAUGGAAAGAUUGCUAAGACAUUCAAGAGAAAAAAUGGAAAUGCUGACUUCAUUUUAACAUCAGUCCCACAAACUGUCCCAUCCCCAUAAGCAGUGUGGAUAACUUGGGAGACAAUGAAAACAAGAACUGAAACUGGACAGAAGGUUAGAAAUGCUAGACUUUGAAACAAUGUUAAAAGGGCUGCUCAUUUGGAGAGCCAUUUUACCAGCAGUGUUUGGGACCCGGGCCCUUAGUCAUCAUGGAGUAUGUUGCAUUCACAUGGCCCUUCUCACUCUCCAAAGGACUCAGUUAUGCCGUAUACAAGGUGUCCAUAAAGUCUGGAAACAGGCAAAUAUAUAUAAUGUCAUCAAGGACAUCUUCAAUCUGUAAAAAAAAAUAAAAUGAUACUGUCUCUGUUUCCAGACUUUAGGGUGUCCAUAAACAUAUACACCUGGUGUGAUGUGUAUGUUGGAGCGGGUGUGUGUUGGGGGGGGUAUUAUUCCCAUUUCAUGGAUGAGGAUCUAGCAGCAUAAGGCGUUCAGGAGACUUCUAUGAGGUUCUCUAGCUGCCUAAUGGCCAAGAUAGAAAAAGAACUCUGGCCUUUUGACAUAUAUUCUUCCCACCUGACCAACUUCAGAGAGCACCUCCUCUCACAUAUGCACUCAGGGAGUUGCUCUCAAUCCUUCUUAUCAUUACUAUAUGUCUGAGGGCUCAGUACCAGCUCUGUGGGCCAAGCCCAUUAUUGCAGCAGCCUGUUGUUGGAGAGAAAUCUCCUGGUGACAUGACAGAUGUCUUCUGGAUUAUCUCCUAACCGUGCUCAGGCCCUUCAUUCCCCCAGAUGUCCAAGGAGUAUAGGCGAAACUCCCCUCUUCUCAAAUGCUGACUAGUAAAUGUCCAUGCUUGGCUGUUCCUCAGUUUCCAUAUUUACUUUAGCUCUUCUGUAACUCUGUCAACAAACUCCAUGGUAUUAUUAGUUUUAGCAAAUAACAGGAUGUCAGAACUGUUGACCGCGAUUUGUUAGUUUGCUGUUAGAACUCUAUCCCAGGACAUAGGGGCUAGUGUUCCUCUUGUUUUUUAAGGUGUAUGAACUUUGGCAAGAAGCCUUUCCUGGUCAGACCCACCACAUUCUGCUCAGUCUGUAGUCCGUUAAGCUUGCUCAUUCCCACAAAGACUCCGCCAACAAAGACCUAGGCACUUCUGUUUUUGCUUGGUGGCACAAAGACAUCUGUAAGUAGAUUUAAAAAAAAAAUCAUUGAAAACACUUUGGCUUUUCCAUUUUUGUGCUCUAUCCCUUACGUAUUGUUAUGGCCUUUAAAGAAGUCUGUACUUAGUAAGGUGACUUCAGUAUGUAACGUUCAUGUUGUUGGAAAGGGUUGGGGAGAUGGCAUUUUAGGGUAGUACUAAGAAUUUCCAGGACUUUGGCCCAAAAUAUCUUUCUCUUCUAAUCCCGUCCUCCAGCACUGACUGUCUCAAGGAGCAAGAGAAGAGGUUUAAAGGGUCACUCUGUUGUUGGCAGGCAACCAGGAAGUCCAGGCCUUGGGGGGAAGCACAGCCUUUGUUGAUUUAAGCCCCAAACCUAGCAGGCAGUGUAAAAAAAAAAAUUAAAAAAUACCCAAAGACAGGCGAAAUGUGCGCUACAGAGAGCUGUGAAUUCCCUGCCUGCUCCCCUCUGGGAGAGGGGAGUCAGUGAGUGGCAGAGGCAGCCUCAUUGCCAGGGAGGGGCUCCCAAGUGAGGAGGCCAGGUGACCAUGGUAGGGGCGGAUGAGCUUGAGGCUUGGAUCAGGGUAGGGAUGGGCAUGUUUGCAGAGAUCCUGGCAAGUCUUUGUAGUCAGCCCCAGUAGGUUCCCCAGGGGGGAAUGAGUCACGGUCCCUCCAGUUAACCUGGGAAUGGACCCACGUUUGACCGAGGUGGUGACAGCCAAGGGGCUGGAGGAGAGCUGACUUCCAUAGAUAGGAGGUUGUUGUUGUGUGCCUUGGAGUCAAUUCCGACUCAUAGCAACCCUGUAGGACAGAGUACAGCUGCCCCAUAGGGUUUUCUAGGUCUUUCUCUCGUGAAGAUGCUGAGCGGGUUUGAAUUGCUUAACCACUGCACCAUCAGGGCUCCUUAGAAGGGAGGUAUAAACCCAAAAAACCCAUUGCCGUUGAGUCGAUUCCGACUCAUAGCGACCGUAUAGGACAGAGUAGAACUGCCCCAUAGAGUUUCCAAGGAGCACGUGGUGGAUUUGAACUGCUGACCUUUUGGUUAGCAGCUGUAGCACUUAACCACUGUGCCACCAGGGUUUCCAGAACGGAGGUAUCGGCUGGCUAAUUGACCAAGCUGUGCUAAUGGAGAAAAAGCUGCCUCUCCCCGUUCUCCACCCUGAGUUCUUCUCCUUUCUGACCCUGAGAUGUCUGCUCCCCACAUCCCCAACCUCCCAGGCCGAGAGUUUUCACUGACAGCUGUGAAGUGUCUUAGAAGUAAUCUGUUACUCACAAACCCAAAAAAAUCCCCAACCAGUUGCCCAAACCAGUUGCCAUCAAGUUGAUUCUGACUCAUGGUGACCCCAUGUGUGUCAUAGGAGAGCUCCACUCCAUAAGAUUUUUAAUGGCUGAUUUUUCAGAAGUAGAUUGCUGGGCCUUUCUUCUGAGGUGCCUCUGGGUGGACUUGAACCUGAAACCUUUCAGUUAGCAGCCAAGCACUUUAGUCUUUAGGUGAUGCUUAAGUAUUUGUAACUGAUGGUGGCUGAAUGUGGCACCUUCCCAGGGCUUUUUGCAUUGGAAAAUAAUUCCUCAAAGUGUAAAGAACUCUAGGAGAUGCCAUUAAGACCCAAAGGAAUGAAUUGAUGACCUUUUUAGGCACCACAAUAGUCAAGUCAGGAAAACAGCUUUGACUGAGAGAGAAUUUUCCUCAUUGCCCUUCAAAUCACACUUCUCAUGUAGCCAGUCACAUAAGGCAUUUAAGCCAAGUCUGGCUCUAGUUAGACCUGUCCGCACAAGGAACCUGUGGGAAUCAUUUCUUAGGCGUUUAUAUGAUCGAUUGGACACAAAUGGUGCCUGUAUUUAUUUCUCCUUUAUUUAAAAGAGUCCAUUUGAGUGUAUGAUUGACAGCUUUGAAAACUGUUGUCCUGGCAGUGCCAGAACAUCCUGUCCCCAUUGUGCAGUGUGAGGCUUCAAGCUGGUUUCCUCUAUGCCCACCCAACUGCUACCCCGAGCUUCCCCUAAGACCCUGUCACCUAAGACACCUGCAUAGCAUAGAGUCAGAACAGAGAUCAUGGCUUUUGAUAGUCUGGCCUGGCCUAGAGUAUCCUGUCUUGCCAUGCCCUGUCCCCUUACUACCCCUUUGGGGUCACGAGGAAGCUUGGGGGGGGUGUGGCCGCAUGCGUGCAUAUGCGUGCACAUAUAACGACAACAAAGAGAGACCUGGUGUCCCUCUGCCUAUCUCUGUGAAUUAGACUGUGUGAAAGGCUCGAGAGGGUGUUUACAUAAAUAUGUGUGUGUUUCUGUGUUUCUUUCUUCCUGAUAAGGUGUGUGUAGUAUACCUUGUCAGCAAUUCUCAAACCAGGCUGGGAGGCCUUUCUUAACCCCUCCCAGCUCUCCUUUGAGUUCCCUGGCACUGUUCCCAUGGCUGGGGGGCCCUGCCCGGGGAGGAGCUGGCCCUGUUUCUCUCCUUUCUUUCUGUUCUGGGAGUAACGUGCCCCCCGGCCCCACUUGCCAUCCCCCUCACCCCAGCUGGGCUGCCUUCUUUCCAUCCAGGAAGCCAAGGGGGGUGGAGUGGCUGGCAAACUGGAGGCCCUUUGCAAUCUGCAGGGCCCCUCUUCACGAGUGCUACAGUUCCACAACAGAGGAUCAAGGAGCUAUCUCAAUUGAGCCCAUGGUGAAUAGCUGUGCUGUGAGGUAAGCAAGGGCCUCAGGAGUAUAAUAUGAGGGACCUGGGAAGCUCAUAAUGCUUACCCAUCAUGGCUGAGGAGACAGAGUGCCUGAAGAAAAGGCCAGCAUUAUUACCGUCCUUUUGCUUACCUGGGGAACCUGGACCACUUCAAAGGUCACCCAUUCUAUAGUGGGUCCCACAAUGGAAGCCAGGUGCAAUACCUCGGAGCCCCUGCCCUCUUCACAGGCCUCUUGUCUGCUGGCUCUGCAUCCUCAACGAGAUCCCUCCUGGUCCUUGUCCUCCAAGCAUUUCGAAUAGCCCCAAGUCCUUCACAUGCCACUCAAAGUAACCUUGGCAACUGCCAGAAAAAAAUGGCUUGAAAUUUUUUUUUCAAGCUCUUGUGGCUGCUCCAUAGAGCAUAAUGGUUGGGGAGAGGCCCUGCCAGUGUCUCCCUGGUGUGAAUAGGCUGGUGGAGGGCUGUGCAGACAAACAAACAUGGAGAGCAGCCAUGUUCUUUCUGCUUUCUUUCCCAGCCCCUGGGAAGGCUGCAGUGAGUCAGAAUUCCCAGUGGGUGGGCCAUGAUGGCAGUGAGGGGUUGGAGAGGAUAUUUGCCUGACUGAAGAUGCCCACCAGUCUGUGGUGGGGGAUGGGAGGGCAAGGUACCUUAGCACCUGCUUCUGAGAGACAUGGAACAAGAGUAAGACCAAGAGGAGCUGGUUAAAGGAGGAAGGCCAAGAAGUUGGCAGGUAGAGGCGAUCCCCAGGAUGAAGACCCUGACCGUUGAGAGAGCAAAGGCCUGUGCAUAGUUCAUUGGUUUACAAGCCCCUGGGGGUCCUGGAAGAGAAUCAGGGUAAGGGACCCUUCCAGGCAUGGCCUGCCACAACGUCAAAGCAGUGGUAGGUCCCCUAGAAACUCCAAGCUUUGCAGCUGCUGCGUUAUCCCCAUCUAGGUGGGCAUUAGCCAAAAGGCAGUGUGGCAAGAAGAAAAGCACGCCCCCUUCUGUGGACUGAAGUGAUGCCGGAGGACGGUAGUGGCAUGGCCCUUCCAAACCCCAGGCUACCCUCCUGAACACCCCACCCCUAAGCCCUAGGCUUUUUCCCAAAGCAAACAUUUCACUGAGGUCUAACCAGUAGGGAGACUUCUGAAUUUGCCGCAGACCCAGGAUAUUUUAGAAAAAAACCCACAAUUUUGGACUUGUACUCUCAGCUGUUUUUUUGUUGUUGUUGUUCGUUUGUUUUUUUUUUCUUUCCCUGAAAUGUGCCUUGUACUUUGAGUAGACAUUCAUUGAAUUGAAACUUUGAGUUGAAUUGAACGAUAACGGCAAUUAGUGUGUGUGUGGGUGUAGAUGUAUGAUUCCAUUUACCAAGGUUAAUUUUACAAAGGUUCCCCCCCCCCACACCCAGAAUUAUCUAUUUCAUACCUGAAGAUGGGUGAUGGGGAGGGUGGAAAAUGUGAAGAAGAUUCUAAAAAAUUAUGGAGAUACAUUCUCCCAGCAGCAAGGCAUAAAGGGAAGGGAGACAGGCAUAAAUAUUGACACAAGGUUCAUGAAAUUUAAGAUCCACUGAACUCAACUGCAUUCCUGGAUAAGGCUGCCAAUACCUGCAGUCCUGCUGAGAGUCCAGGACAAGCCCCACCCCAGUUAGUGACCGCAGUUGGGGUGAUAGAGGUGAUUCGACAAGACCAGCUUUUGACUCAAUGAGGAGGGAGGAUGGAAUGCCUCUUCAAAAUGGGUUUUUUUUUUCGGUUCUGCCUGUCAUCCCUAGUGUCAUUCGGACAUUGUUUGUGAAGCUCACAUGGGACCCUGUCCAGGAGGGAGCUGAAAGGCACAAUUCAUUGCUCUUGCUGUCAUUCAGUGCCAAGAUUUGCCCCAAAUCAAUUGCUAGCUGCUUGUCCAAAAGAGGCUCCAUCUCAGCCAGAAUUCUUCUGGGGCUCCCUUCCACCCGCCAUCACCUUCUGCAUCUGCAGCCACAUCAGUCCUCCCCAUUUUCCUGCCUCCCAGACUCAAGGUUCUGGGCCCUGGCCAUGCAGGGCAGUUCACAUGAGCCACAGAGAACAAGGCACUUUCUCGGUCACGGCCUUUCCUUCUUACAUCCUUCAUCCUGGACAUUGGGGAUUUUCCAUGAAGCCAAAGUAACCCUGCAAGCAGCAGUGGCCCUCCUGUCCAUAGUCUUCCACACUGGAGUGGAACCAGAAGGGAAGAGCAAAGAUAAGCAAGAAGCAAGGAAAAAGUAAAUUAUGGCAUUUCAGCCUCCUUAUUCCCCCAACCUCUUCAGAAAAAGGGACAAGUAAGUAAUUAGAACUAGACAGAGAUUCAGAUGGAAGGGGGCCGUGGCGGAGGGGGAAGUGGGGAGGGAUGUUUUUCAACCAUCCCAUUAAUGCUGCCCUAACGCUGUAGUGCUCAAUAUCCUUUUUGUAUUUCCUUUUCCAGCUCCUAACCCUGUGUUUGCUUUGUGGCUUGUCCCGCACCUCUUGCAUCGUGUCUCUUUCCGCUUCUCCUGACACAGGACCCUGUGUUUUGCUGGCGAUGUUGCCGAAUAGUUGGGUGGAACAUUCCCAAAGAUUAGAAAAGUAGAAAAGAAGGAAGACUUGCCUAUAAAUAGUUUCCUUCUGGCCGUGUGGUACACAAUGCUCUAAGUGUGACAAAAAGGGAAGUGAGAUGUUCCCCCUCAUCCCCACCCCCAGCCUACAGCACCCACCCCGAGUCUGCUCCCCACGCCUCCUCAGCGUGCUGAGAUCCUGUCCAGGGCAUCUGUUGCCCAGCCUUUGCCCAGUCUCUGUUCCUCUGUCCCGUGGGAACCCGAAAUAGGAAGGGCCCUUACCCUGGAGAGUCUGGCUUUUGAAGUGGAACAGACCAGUGGCAAUGUUGAGACACUUCCUCCACCUCAAAGGGAACAAGUAGGCUUCCAGGGGCUCCUGAGAUGGGGGGGGGGAGUUGGUCCCAUCCUCAUUAUGUCAUCCUCCAACUAGCAGGUUGCUCCUGAGAGAGACUGAGUCAGCUAUGUGUUUCUUUGCAAAAUCCCAUGGCAUGAGGGCUGGAACUGAGGGCCGGCAAAGGGCCUGGCUCAUCGGCUGUGUGCUGCUGUCCAGCCUACACUGUAAGUUGUAGGAUGUAAGAAAGGGAGUUUGGGAACACGGGGGCACUGGGCUGUGGAAUUCCUAGGCUACUAUUUCCUGUCUGGGAUCCACCUUCACAGGACACAAGGACACAGGGCUUCAAGGAUCAGCACUUCACUCAGUAAUGUUAGAUCAGAUCGUCGAUAUCAGGUACAGCAUAAACUUCCACUCACUGCAAGGUUUGGCCCAGCUAUCCUAGGCAGCGGAAUUUUCUGAUGUGCUGAGGUUAAGCAGAAAACUCUUUGGAUUCCUUCUCCCAGCUCCCAGCUACCCACCCCCAACUCCCCUGCCCUUGUAGAAAAUGUUUCUACUAUGUUUAAGUCCACUGUCUUCCUUUAGGAGCCGACCCUGGGGUCCAAUCACUGUUUGCUGAUGGGAGAUCUCACAGUGAUCACUCCCCACCAUGCAGAACUAUAGGUGGAGAGGGGAUGAGGGAUUGGCUGAGGGUGGGCUGGACCCGGGAUAGCCUUUCGAAGUUGUUUUCUUAAGCUAAAUCUCGUAUAUGAGCUUGUUUUCUUGUUGGUGGUCUCAGUCUCCUAAAAGCUGAGCACAGCAGGAAUAGGAAAAAAAGGAGUUAAUUAAGGGUGCCAGUGAGUGGGGCCCGGGAACUUGAGUUUUGAAGGGACCGUGAUUAGCAUUCCUUGACCUUAUUUCAAAUCUUGUAUACCCCAGAGGACUACAUAGUCCAGUCUGGGAGCCACCUGGUUGAAUUAAAAAAAAAAAAAAUUAGUAGGUCCUAUUUUUUUUUUUUAUUUCCUAGCAGUGGGUGGUGGGUUAUUUCCUAGAGAGCAAUAGCUUUCCUUGAGGGCUGCUUGGCUGCCUUUUGAAAUGACCCGGGUGAGCACAGCCCUCUUAGAAAAUUCAGUGGACAGACAGUUGGACAGUUUGGCUAGUCUUCUGGUCUCUCUCCUCCCCACUGCUCCUCCCUCCUGGCCUUGAGUGUCAGAAUGCUGGCACCCUGGGGGCACUUCUCCUACCCCUGCCCUUUUUUCUUCCUUGCUGUUCUGGCAGCUCCAUCCCAUCCCCCAACUGCCUCCACUCACUCAUUCCAGCCCCCACUCAUCCAAUAAGCAUCCCCCCUAACCUACCCCCUGCCCCACUGUUAAGUGUAGUAGGAAUAAACUUGAUCUGUAGGUCAGGAAGCCCCAGACUGGAGUCCCAGCUCGGCAGUUUAUUAGCUGUGCCACCAUGGGCAAGUUAGUUUUUCCAAGCCUCGGUUUCUUCAUCUGUAAAAUACUGGUGACAGUGCUCACACUGCAAGGUUUGUGGUGCAGCCAGCCCAGUGCUUGACCAGAGCUGAUGCUUGGUUAAUGGUAGCUGUUGUUGUCAACAAGGCUCAAACUCAGCUUACUUUUUCACUGAAGUAUAAUUAACACAGAGUCUCUGGGUAGUGCAACUGGCUAAGCACUCAACUGCUAACUGAAAGGUUGGAGGUUUGAGUCCACCGAGAGGUGCCUUGGAAGAAAGGCCUGGCAAUCUGCCUCUGAAAAAUUAGCGAUUGAAAACCCUAUGGAGCACAGUUCUACUCAUAGGGUAGCCAUGUGUUGGAAUCGGCUCAACUGGUUUGUUUGUUUACUUAUUAUUGUCAGUGAGUCUUGAACUCAGCUUACUUUUUCACCGAAGUAUAAUUAACAUGGAGUCUCUGGGUGGUGCAAUUGGUUGAAGACUCGGCUGCUAACCGAAAGGUUAGAGGUUUGAGUUCACCCAGAGGCACCUUGGAAGAAAGGCCUGGAAAUCUACUUCUGAAAAAUCAGCCACUGAAAGCCCUAUGGAGCAUAGUUUUACUCUGACGCACGUGGGGCCACCAUGAGUCGGAAUCAAGUCAAUGGCAUCUGGUUAACUGGUGUCCAUAUAAGAAAGACUCUGCCAAAGGAGUCGAUUUUCUUCUGUGUCCUGUUUUCCUGGCAGUGUUCCACCCCCACCCCCACUCCCACCAAGCCAGCUUAUUUCUCUCUCCCCUUUUCUUCUCAUCAUCUCCCUUGGAAUCUUGGGGUGAGUAGCAAUUGUUAUUUUGGGAAAAAUUGACGAGCUAAUGAAAGGUCACUUCAGAGACUUCCUGCACCAAGAAAGCUCUUAUGUGUUGUAGAGGACAGAUUAAUGUCUUAGGGAAUUCCAAUAUCGAUAUCAAUUAAUCUCCUGAUUUAAGAAGUUCUUUUUCUCAGCUAAUGUUCUGAUGAGAACACACUGCUUACUUCCAGCACCAUGUCUAGAGAGUUUGUGUCCUAAAUGUUAACAGAAUGUCCUGAGUUUGGGAUCGUCUCCCACCUACAACUGGGGUGAAGAAAAACCUAUGCUAUGCCAGCGUGGUAGGUUUGCUUAGAUCUAAUUGUCAACCCUUUGCAAAUAGAAUGGUGGUUGUGUGUUAUCACCAAUUGGAUUCAGUGGGAAUCCCAAGUCAUAGUGACAAAUGUUGGCUGCUCAGUGGCAUAACUGCACUGACAACCUGGAGAAAAUCAAGGCCUUCAUACUGGGCUUGACUAGGGCCUUGGCCAAGAUGUCGGUGCCAGGCACCUAGUUAGGGGAAAUAUCCUGAAGCAAGUAAUAAUUACCUUGUUUGCUGAUAAGAAGCCCCAGUACUUUUCCAAUAGCAUUGGGGUAUUUCUUUAGAUCAUAGCCUGUGGAGCACUGAUUCAAGGGUACUGGCCUUAGAUUCAUCGAAACUACUGUAUGUGUGGUGGAACUCAAUGUUCUCCUUAUGGCCUCGGGUUGGUGUAAAUGAUACCCCUAGUUGCAUCACCUCUCCCCUUGCCCUGCCCUGGUUGCUCAUUCUGGCUGCAAUUCUGCUUUUGUCCACCAGGAGGCCUCAUUCAGGAAGGCGCAGGACAGAAGGACCUUAAGCCUCAUGCCUUUUUUUUUUUUUGUUCUGUUUUUAAGCUUGAGGCUGAAAAGAAUGAAAACAUUUUUGAUGGAAAUCUAUGUAACUCUUUACUAGGAAACACUAAUCUUUUUACAUUUCUUGUGCUUUGGAAUCUUUUUUUUUUUUCCUCCUGGAGGACCAACCCUCCCAUGAUAUGCCUGGACCCUGUCACAGGGCAGGUGUUCUCUAGGGAUGGUUUGUAGUUUUGUUGUCAUUUGCUGUUUAUAUGAAUGUAACAAAAUCUUGAAAAGAAAAACAUGGACAUGAGACCCUGAAUAGUGUUGAAUGUAUUUUCUUUGCAGAAUAGGCUGUGGAGACCAGGCUGGUAUAUUGUCAUGUGCCUACUCCCCUCCCCUGCCUCCUCCCCACCUCCAGCACCCACCUAGCCCCAGUUGCUCUCAUCUAUAUGUUCACCCACUCCGCUGAGGUCCUGAACACCCUCUCCUCCAUGCACAUGCAUGCACACAUUAGCUCCCGAGCUAAUAGAAGGAGGAGGCAGUAGAUUGGUGCAGGCUGGUGAGCCAGCUGGCUGGGUGAGGAGACAGCUGAGCGGGUGGGAGAGUGAGCCUGUAAGUGACAAAGUAUGUGUGCAGGAGAGAGGCUGAGAGGGCAGGUAGCGAGAAGGUGAGACUCCUGACAGUGAGGGUGGGUGACUAGGGAGUGUUGGAGCCAUCAGGGUAUGCUGGUUGCCACCUCAAGAAGAGCUUUGUAAACUGGUCCCAGCGCUGCCCUCUACUGAAUGUUUCUACCUCCUGUUAUAGCAUUUGUGCUUAUUUCUCUAGAAAUCAGCAAUCUCUUAGGUUCAGCUCCAGUUUGGUUUUUACCAAUCUGCAGAGCCCUCUUUGGAGAUGCCAGUUGGCACAAGAAAAGUGCUGAACUGUUUACAGUUCCAGCCGAAGGUUCAGGGAGGGGAUGUGGUUUAACUGGGCCACAAAGCCCAGUACAGGACUCAUUUGCAUGGCCCCUGACGCCAUGUGACGCAGCCGGCUCCUCCUAUAUAAAGAAGUAGAAGCCGAAAUAUCUUCGAGUCUGGGUUGGACUGGCGGCUGUGGAGUUUGUGACACGCUAGGUGACACCCCUCGAGUCACUUCCCCUUCAACUCCAGCUGGACCGCCUGCUUGACUUUGGGUCCGCUCAGCAGCCUGCGCCCCACUCCUAGCCCCAGGCCGGCCGCGCAGAGCCCAGCCCCGUGCAGCACGCCCACAGCCGCAGCCGCCCAGCCCGGCCCAUAGCUGGUCCAGAGCUCCCAGGCCGCCCGAACCAUGAGCACUGAAAUGUAUCAGACCCCCAUGGAGGUGGCGGUCUAUCAGCUGCGCAAU